AUGUCUAAGAGUCUCAAGAAGAAAAACCACUGGACCAACAAAGUCCACGAAGCGGUGAUAACCCGCGGGAAGGACGGGGAGCUGGGGUUCGAACUGAAGGGGGGCGCUGAGAUCGGCCAGUUCCCCUACUUCGGCGAGGUAAAGCAGGGGAAAGGACUGAUCCAGAGCGGCAAACUGGCCCAGGAUGAGCUGCUGCUGGAGGUCAACAACAUGCCGGUGGCCGGGCUCACCAUCCGGGACGUGCUCGCCGUUAUUAAACACUGCAAAGACCCGGUCCGACUCAAAUGUGUCAAACAAGGUGAGAUACGAAGGCGGUCAGGGUUUACGAGGAGGGGAGGAGUGAGUGUGUGUAUGUGUGUGUGUAGCUGGCUUGAUUACGAUGUCAAUUAUACAGUCAUAUGUCAGUCUGCACUACAGGCAGAGUGUGUAUAUGUGUGUGUGAGUGGACCCAGCUCAAACCCCACACUCGGGCCUGUGUGCUGCUGAAUUACAAUCACGAGCCGUAAUGAUGGUGUCAGUCCACCAGGAUCAGAAACUAUAAUGGUUAUUUUGCAGCCGGGAUCAGACGCCGUUUGUUUAUCUCAGUGUCGCUGGUUCGAUGCCACAGCCUGGAGGGGGUGUGUCCGUUUAGGCGUCAUGCCACAGCCUGCGGUUUUUCCCCCUUCUUCUGGUCGAGGACAGGGCUCGAGUCUCCAGCAGGCCUGCGCCGUGGAUCUGAAAUGUUUUUCUCUUUGCUGCUGCUGCUGUAGAGAUUGAGCAGCACACACACACAUAGUCUUCACAAACACACACACGCACGCUCGCACAGUCUGCUGGCUGCCAGUGCAGACAGUUAUUAUAGUGUAAUUACACACUGGUGAAAAAUUAGACCUCUGUAGCCCAAUUACUGCUCACUUCUUGUGCACAAUGAUCAGCCUUGAAGAAUACAUGUUUUAAAUCCCGCCUCCUUAAUUUCACACACAUGUACACACACACACACACACACACACACAUAUUACAAUUGUGUGUGUGUGUAAAAUGGUCAUGAGUUUAGGACUGGAAAAUAAUGUGGAUAUCUCUCGCAGUGGUGCUCUGAGGAGCCUCUGAGUGUUUUGUUAUUGUGAGCCGGUGCAGUGUUUUGUGUAAUAUCUGUGGCCUCUGAAGCUUCCAGGCUUGUUUGAAUGUUUCUGAGCACAGCAGUGGAUUUACUGCAACUGUGUUGACUGAGUGACCUGCUUCUGUCAGCCAGCGUAAAAGCACACAGCGUCUGUAUACGAGCAGAACAUUGGAUUGAAGGAACAGCGGAGGAGAUGGUUAUCAUCACACCCUCUGAGGCUUUGCUUUAAGUCCUAAUAAGAGGCUGCGUCCUCAGCCAUGAAAUGAGCAUUACAGCAGCUUGUUUUCUGGGACAUGAGUAGCGCUGGAAUCUGAUUUUUAUUUUUUUUAUUUUUGGACUUUGCCGAGUUUGCUCACAGAGGAUUUGUCUUCUCCACUCUUGGCCCUGACUGCUCGGUCUCAGAGUUUCCACGGAUUGCAUCAAUGUGAUUGAUUAUUGAGUUAUAGCUGCUGACAGAGGGAGAGCAUGGUCUCCUGAUGUGUGAGGGGUUAAAUGCUAAUGUGCAUGUAUCUCAGACAGGUCCAUUCUCUGCCUCCCUGCCUCUCCUAUCUAUUUUAAAAUCAGUCUGUUUAUUGAACUACCAACCCUACAAUAUGGUCUUCGCCAGCAUACUCCAGCACUCUGCUGUUUGUGCACAGCGUCUUACCUCCUUCUCUAUGGUUUUUGUUCUUUCUCUCUGCUGUCAUAUUACUGUUUGACUUCCAUGCAGUGCAGACUGGAGUGUAUAUUUGUGGCUGUGCAUGCAGACAGUCGCUGCUGACAUACUCACGACCCGCUGGGAUCAGAUAGAGGCAGCCCAGUCACUCUGCACAGAGGCCACACACACACACUCACACAGCACCAAAUCAGAGAUGGAUUUCCUGUCCGGGGUAUGCAGUCUUGUCUGACUGCCCAUGCAGUCAUGCACACACAUACUAACACGUUUUAACAGACUAUUUUCAGUCAGGUAUAACCCUGCUCUCAGUCUCAGACAGUAAGCCGGCAGUAAGAGUGAGUCCUGCCCUGACCUCCUCACACACAUCUGCACUUAUCACUGAUUCCUGAAAACCAAACAUGUCCAAAUCCAUAGACCAGGACUCUGAUUCAUGGGGAUAUUACACAUUUCCCGCUGGAGUAAACGUGUUGUAUUUGAGGCUCUGUCACUUUCAUUUUCCAGUUAAUAGACUGAGACGCAAAAACAGACAGUUUCAUUCUCACGAGCCCCACGCUAGCGUUUCUUGCUCAUCUCAACAUGUAAAUGUAACUUGUUGUGAAGGUGUUUUACGCUGAAUUCUUAUUGUAUUCACGACCAGGUAGGGCUGGAAGGCAAGUUGUGAAAAGAAUGAAAUCAGUCGUUCGAUGGCGUUAUGUUUUGCAGAUAAGUGGCUUAAAUAUGAAAGUAGCCAGCAAAGAAACCUCUCAAGAGAGCUGUUAUUUACUCUCCUGCUGUGUGUUUGUAAGUGUGUCUCAAAUCAAGGGUUUCAGUUCUCUAUUAUGUAAAUGGUUGUGGUGUAGAGAAAUCUCAGCUAAGGGCUCCAUAACAAAAUAACAGCACCAAACCUCAGCAGAAAAACAAAACAAAACACAAUGUAUUCAACAUUAUGAGUCAUAGUUCAUUGGAGCUUUCUCACGGAAGACACUUUGAUAUGUCACAGCGGGGAAAUAGGUGUAACUAAUAAAUCAAACUAUAGGUUGGCAUUUAGCUUCUUCAGAUCGAGGCAGCACUGUUGUGAACACUGCCAUACUGUGACACUCAAGUACUACUUAGAUACAGACUUGAAGACACACUGGAUGCAGUUUCUCUUGUGGACUUGUAUUGGUAGAUGAGAAAAUCUGAAUGCACUUGUUAUUCAAAGAUAUACAGUAUACUGUGUUAGGUUUAUUUUGCUAAAAAACAACUGACCCUGUCCAUCUGUACAUCAUUAUCUGAUAAACAUCUCUCGUCUGUAUUUUUCCGCACAAAGCACAAGUGAAGUGCUACUGUCUUCUCUGCUCAGUGAGGCAGAUUUAUAAAAGUACCAUGAAGAUCAUAACCGCCAAAAGGUGUUAGAACAGUAUGGAGAGGAGCAAAGUGUGAAUGAAUGCGUGUGUUUGCGCGCGUGCUCUCCUGUGAGCGCACACGCACGCAUGGAUAUGUAAGUGAGAAAGAGAAGUGGAGUCUUAAAAGGACAGUAUGGUGAAGGUGUGAAAAACUCAUUCCAGGAAACUGAGAAGAUACCAUCUUGUGUCUUGUUGAAUCUUUUUUUUCCGAGCAGAUUCUUCAUUUUUAAAACCCAAAAUAAAUAGACUCCUCAGAGUGCUUCUUUGUGUAAUUACAGACUGUCUUUUUUGUGCUGACUUGUCAAGUUGACUGGGGUAAACAGGGAAAAUGUAACAGCUGCAACCUUCAACCUUCUCCUUGAUUAACAGAAUAGACAUUGUGCUUGGAUAGUUUCUUAAUAUCUUUCACUGACUGUCAGUAUUUUCCUAGUUUUUUGUGGAUACAAAAAAUUAAAGGAAGGAAAUGGAGAUUCAUUACAGUGAAUGUGCAUCCAUGUCUACAAAAUUCAGCUUUCUUUUAAGUUGCUUCUAAUUGGCAUAAAUAGCGAUGCCCCAAAAUAGUGUUAUAAAUAAUUUCAAUGUCAGCUAUUUAUAGCCUUGAAUUUUUUUGCUCAGAAUAUAUUAGGUCUCUCAUCCUAGACAUAAUCAACGACAAAUAUUGCUCCGAUUUUUUUUUAAAGAAUGAACAGAAUAUUUAGUAUGUUUUUCCAGCGUAAACAUAGUUUUGGCUCUGGAUACAAAAUGCAGACUUAAAGCUGGAGUUUUGUCUCUGCAGGCUAAGAAAACCUAAGCACAGUUUUUAGCCCCUAGAGAGGAGUGUAUAUUGAAAAACCAUCAGGAUCCACGUGGGUUUCUGAGAACAAUGUGAGGAGCAAAAGAUGAGUUAAAAUGUUAAUGUGCCCUCGAACAUUUAAGUGGAGCACAGCCAGCCUGUGUCACACUAUGUGGUGACUCUUGGUCUUAACAGAUAUAGGGCAAACCUGGGAGCUCUUUUUUACCCCAAUGACACAGUUCAGAGAGACAGUAAAUUUUACACUCCCAUUUUUAACUUCAACACCUGUCUACUUUGUCACAUGACGAUGGGGCAUAUUAACCUCCCAGUACUCAUAGAGUUUUUCUAAGUAUGUCACUGAUUGGAGAUAAGAAUAAACAAAAGCAGGGUUUCAUUUCAACCUUGUUACUGUCUAUGCUGCAGGCUUAAAUGAAGGCUUUAACCACCACAAAUGAUCAGCUGUAGCUAGCCAAAGUAAGCUGGUGAAAAAAAUCCUGCCACUUGAUUAAGACUGUGACUCCUGCUGACUUUUAAGAAAUAAUGUCUUCGAAUGUUUGGAAAAAAAGGGCCAGGAGUAGGUCUUAAUAAAACAGGUGUUUGCUCCCGAUUGUAUAAUACGUCAAGAAUAAAGGGAAAGCUACAUGUUACUGAAAUCCUUUUCACUAAAACAGAAACUGUAAAUGUUUUUCCUCUUAAAGUCAAAGAAAAAUACAGAGACGGGCAGGACAGUGGUCACAUUCAUGCUUAUAAUGUUGCCCUACUUUCUAAAGGAUUUGAGGAGGAGGAAUUAUUGAUGAGUUUGGCAAAUGUAAUGUUAUCUAACACAAGGUUUGGCGGGAGUUGCUUGAGUGUGGGCUAAGCCUUCUCUGUCCAAAUAAAGUGCAGAACAGAGCUGCUAUCUUUACUCCUAUUUCCUGGCUAGGCUCUUGUGUUUCAAACUUAACCUGUAAACCUACAAAAUAAAUGUUAAUACUUAAAAGAGGCCCACUCCCCUGGAGGCUGUCCCACCUGGUCAUCCAUCAGAGGGGUUUGCUAACAUGAGUGGCUUGUGUCAGAGCAGAUAUGCUCCUGCUUAAGGCUUAUUUAUUAUAACUGUGAAUUUUUCAUUUUUGAAAGGUGAAACUAAGAUACCAACAUUGGCUCUUGUAUGAUCUUAUGGCUUUUUGGUUGUGGCUCACUCCAUCCAAUUCAGGAGUUUCCCGCCCUGUUAAAUGUUGUCACUAGAUGGCGCCCUUGCUUACUUAUUUUACUGUUCUGUCAAAGGUUGCACUGUGCGUGCAGAUGUGACAUCAUUACGCUGUAUGUACGACGUGUUAUGUUACUGGAGGAGCAGACACGGCACGUGCGGGUGUGUUUGAUGCCAGAGUGUUAAAAAUGAAACCGCCUGAACUGGCCUCAGUAAAUAAACCAAAGGCUAAAGAGUGAAGAUCGAGUCAGGUAAGAGAGUCACGAUCGGAAUAAGUGUUUACAUGGACGCGUUUCGGACUAAUGAUUGGCAUAAACCACCCCUCUCGAUCGGAAUACAGUUUCUUUCCGAUUGAGCUGAAUUGGAUCAGAAUGUUCCGGUCGACACAUUUACAUGACGCACUUUUAUUCCGAUCGGGCAUUUAUUCCGAUUAUUUGUGUCCAUGUAAACGCAGCUACUGUUAGGCUACAAGCUAGCAUGAAGAGGUGUGUGCAGAGCAGCGCUGUCUCAAAAAGCUCUUGAAAAUGACACAGGUAAAGUGAUUUUGGCUAAAACCUUCAUAAUCACAAUUUAAAGACCACUGACAACAUUUUAGUAAUAAAUUGUGUAAAAAAAACAACAACAAUCGGAGUAGGACUUUUAAGCUCUUAUGGGGAGCUUCUGACAUGGGUCAUUGUGGCAUCCCCCUGUAGAAAAAGCAGUCUUUGCUUAUCUUGUUUUCUACAUGUCUGGGUAUCCUCUAUUAAAGGGCUGUUUUCUUUAAAUUGUAUGAAAAUUUAUAGUACAAUAAUCAUCAUUCAUGUUGCUGAUGGUCUUGUUUGCUUUUGGAUUUUUAUUUAUUUUAUAAGUGUGGAAAAACACCUCACAGGAGCUUUAAUGAAGUGUACAAAAUACAAGGAACACCUCUUAAUAUAGGACGCUUCUCACCUCCCACUUAAUCUCCAAAAGUAGAUAUAAACACACCGUCACCAGUCAACAGCAGCUGAAAACUGAGGAGCUUUUUGAGAGAAGGAUUUGUGGUUAGGCUGUUGUAUUCAGCUGCAUUAGAUUGUCUUGGUGUUUUAAUGUAAUGGCUAAUGGUUGUAAGUGGUAAAUGCAAAUCAAAGAUUGACUGUCCAUGUCGGACUACUUAGAAGUCUUUGUGUCAUUUAAAAGUAGAGGUACAGCCCAUUGCAGUACAAAGACAUUGGUGCAAUAUUUUCAUAAUUUGCAUGUGAAUGUUUGCAGAAACUAUGAGUAAAAAGAUUGUUUCAUGCCGUCAAGUUUUCUGACUCAGCUGUCCAAGUCCUGUCAGUCCUCCUAAUGCGAGUACAGUAUUGAGGAACAGAUGGAGGAGAGGGAGAAAAGGGCAACCUUCUUCUCCUCUCAUGUCGCUUUGUUGAUGAGAAGCUUGAAGAAUCAGUGCAUAACAUCCUGUCCGCUCAGUUGGUAUUAAUAACUCACCAAGAGAUGAGUUCUGUCAGAGGCGGAGGAUGAUUUUGGAUGAUAUUGAGGCUAGAAGCUGCUGGAGCUCAGCUCGAAGGAUCAAACUCAGGCUCAGCCGGCCAAUGACCAAAUAUCUAAGUGGUCCAGUUAAGUGAAUUAGGUCAACGCAAUUCUCCUCAGCGUGGACACACUGUGUGGGACAAUCUGUACAGCUUCAUGUGUUUGUCAAAUGGAAAUAGAAAUGCUUUUGAAGAAGGUUCUUUAGAGUUUGCUAUCCCCCAAUCCUUAUAGUGUUGAAGUUAUUUCUAUCAAUCACCAGACACAUUUACUUCCCUCACUCCUUCCUAAUAAUGGUAACAUAAAAUAGAGGGACUGUGACGCGCUGUGGGAGUGUGUGUACUUAUGUAUGUGCUGUAUGUGUGUGUGUAUGACCUUGACUUUGCAUGUGAUAUUUCAGCAUCGUCAUCGAAAUCCAUUAAAAUAAUCUGUCAUUAAAAACAAACAGCAGGAGCUUUUCUCCUGUACAUGUUAAUGGAAGAAUCCACACCUUUUGGCUUUCUUGUGUGGUUGUUAAUGGCAUCUUUUAGGAAAUAUCCAUCAAGAUUUGUGUUUUUAUAUGUAUAGUAUUUACACUUCUGCCCACUUGGUGGAGCAUUUGUCCUUCGAGUUAUUGAUGGAGGAUUGUGAAAGAAGGUCCAUGUUAUGAAGUGCUCAUGUGGAUAGGUACUUUUGUGGAGGAGUUUAUUCAUUAGACAAAACAAAGAAAGAAAUGUCCUCUGCUUCAAAAUAAAUAGUUCUUUUUUGCUGAGGGACAAGCUGAAGAUGUCAUUAGUUGAACCAGUUCUUACACAACAGCAGCUCUUACAGGUUUGUUUACCAGAGCAAAUAGCCACUUAGCUGACCUUUCUCUUGCAAAAUUUUACACGUGGAAAAUUCAAACAAGACCAAACUUUGAAUCACCCCGUGCAGAUUCACGGUCCCUUUCUGUUUGUUAAUUUGAUGCAUGAUUUAGUUGAUAUUACUGGUUCAUUUAAGCUUUAACUGCCUUUGCUGAUCUGAUUUUGUUGGAUUUGAGCUUCUUCUAUAAAUUAUAUAUAUCGUGUUGAGCUGAUAGUGUGUAAGAAUGGAUGUCAUUUUCAGUGGAGGACUUCCUAGAGGUUUGCAGGUAAAGAGUGCCUUGAAAAAGUUGCAUUUAAGUUAAGUAAUAUGAUCUCAAAGUAAGUAUAGCAUGUGCCUUAAUGUAAUUAGCAACUUUUCCCUGUCAUGUGAGGUCCUGGCAGAGGGCCUGUAUCCUCCCUCUGGCCUCCAUCACCCUGCAGGGUGGAGGGUUCACUGAGGCUGCUGUGCUGUGAGACACAACCAUCUCUCACCUCAAGAGACAGAGGCAGCUGGGACAUCUGGCAGCAUCACGACUGCUGCAUUGAUGUGAACUAUGAGUUAUGAGGCCUUUGCGAGUGUGCUUGUGUUCUCAUAUGUUCCACACACACUCUCCCAUGUGAGCUAGUUCACAAAAGAAAGCAUGAGGCCUGUCGUCACAAUGGCAUAGUGCAAACUUUUUUUGUAUGUUACAGACCCCCCCCUCCUCUUCCUAGUUUCACAGAGCCAUAUCUUUUUCACUCAUGCAUGGCAGCACAGAAAGCAGCGGAUGGUUUUCAUUCAUUGACAUAGUGUAGAUUAGCCUGCAGCGCUAAUCUGAUAGUUUUGCUGUGGGCUUCAGAUCUGAAUGAGAAGGAUUAUAAAAGCUGGAGCCAGCUGCAGCGCUGAAACCGGUGGACAGCUACCAACAAUGUUCUGACUUUGUAAAAAGGCUCACCAUCAUUCCUGAGCUGCAUAUCUUGAAUUGGAGCCAACUCAUAUACACAGUAUUAUUCAGUGAAUACACAAAUCAUGUUAGAAUGUAUGAAAAUAUUAAGUCAAAGCCUUUUUAUUCACCUCAAAUCUUUCAAAAUCCUCCCUUUUUUCAUUUGUUUUUAUCUAUAUGCCAACUUCUAUUUACAUGAUUUUUGAGAAAGCAAAAAAUACAAAUUCCACCUGAAUUUACCUUGUAGCUGUACCUCAUGUACCACUGCACCAGUAAUGAAAGGAUGUCUAGACUGUUUAGAUAUGAACCCAAACUGCAUUGCUGAUGUUAUCAUGUUAUUUCAGCAAGAGGGAGAAAUCACAGCAGAUGUGUAUGAGUGCCACAUUUGUAUCUGGGAUCAUUUCAUGACUGUAAUUGGUGCUUUCAACCAGUAGAGGACAGUAGCCAUCUGAUUAGCAGCCUGCAGAGGCCGUGAAGUGACUUGCAUCAGUGCAUUUACUCUGUCAUGAGAAGUUUAUGAUUAAUUUUGAAUUUUACGAGUUAUGAUGAUUAUUUUACUGCACAAUAAUUCAUUAAAGGUGCAGACUUAAAAGUAGGUUACUGUCUCUUUAAAUAGUCAUAUGCUGAGCCACCAGGUACUCUCUAGAUAAAGUUACUGACUGGUGCGAUCCAGAGUAUCUUGUCUGACUAAAUUCAUUAGUAAUGGGUACUUUCUUGAUGUUAUUUAUGGACAGAUAUUAUGAAAAACAGGUUUAAGUGUAAAGUGUAAAACUGUCUGUUCAUAAAGUGUAUGCUGGUCUGUUAUAAGGAAAAUAAAGGAGCAGUCAGGUCAGUACGAUAUUGCUUAAUUAUUUCUGGUUCAGGUUUGCAAGCAUGAAUACCCCUGAGUCGAACUUUGUUGGACUAUCAGACCAUAGCAGCCUAAUGGAGCGUUGGAGAAAAGAUUCAUUACAAAGCUCAGAGUGCAGCCUUCUCUCAGACACAUUAACAAUUUAUACUUUUUUGUACUGACCAGAAAUACACCCCUGUUGGUUUGAGCCCCUUAGUUAUCGACCACUGUGCCCCAAAGCCAAUGAGUUCCUCAUUACUCUCUGUUGCCUCCAAGGCUUCAUCAUAUCUCCUUCUCUCUGCGCACACCUUUACCAUUCCUUCACAGAUUAAUCCCUUUCUAUAUCCGUCCUCCUUUACUUCUGCACGUCUUAUUGAAAUACAUCCGUCUUGUUGUUCCUGAUUGAAUGUGAAGUGCACUGCUUGAACUGGAGAGUGCAAUCAGGAGUGACAAACAUCUCCAUAUAACUGUAUUUUAAACAGCAGCCACUGCACGCACAAAAAACACACACCCCCUCGUGUCCGUCAGUAUUUAUCUCAUCAGCAUGGACGUGCAAGGUGUGCGGAGAUGAUGAAUCCAUUUGCUUGGGAGAUGCUUCAGGGAAUACUCAGGCUUGUAAUUCCUAUUACCACCUUCUUUUUGUCCUGAAGUAUCAUCCGUAGUGUUGGCUUAUUUCACUUUAUAGUCACUCAGAGGCUGUAAAUGUGUGUCUGGCCUUGAUUACAGCGCUGUUGAGAAAGACAAGGAGGAACAUCAUCAUUAAGACGAGUCUGAGGAUGGAGGGAUCAAUACAAAGACCUUUAGGAGAGAGGUUCUGUCAUUUACUAUUAAUAAUGGGCGCUGCUGCCUGCAGUAAUAAUGCCAUUAGGAGUACUGGAAACAGAUACUUCAUUCACUGCUAAAUGGCCUUCAUAGUACUCUUACAUUUAGAAAAUCUGUACAUGUACGAUAUGGAUAUCUCACUCACGAACACACACUCCUGGUUGUGACACACAAAAGCCUUCUGAAAGCAGCUCAACUACCUUCACCUAAUUGGGUCCGGAGAGUGAGAAAACACAGACAGGGUCAGACUGGGAUGCUCAUAACAGGACCACUUGAAGAGCGCAUGCAGAGAAAAACAGAAAUUCUGUCGAUUAAGUGUCAAAUGUUACUAAAGAGCAACAGAAACGAGAAAUGAGAAAAGUAACCUGAGUGGGCAGAGAGAAAUGCAGAAGUAGUCUGAAAUGAUUUCUUGAUAGAAUAAAGGAUACAAGUCCAGGUCUACAAAAAAACUGUGUCGAUAACUUAAUGUAGCAGGCGCAUCCUUGCUGAGCAUGUGAUUGAUUGGUGCUGUCCUCUCUUGCUUUAAAAUUUUAAUUAUGUGAGCCUGGAAGGGCUGUGAUACAACACCAAAUUACACUCUUUCUGUGAAUACUCAUUCCUGUGCUACUUUCUGAGAAUCCGUCAAAAAUACAGAAAUGUGCAGGACAUGACGAAGUUUGUGGCAGAUAUUCAUAUAUGUAUUCAAGUAAUAUUUAAUGACGUUUGAAAAAAAGAACAAGCAAAUUAAGCAGGCAUCAGUGUGACUGCGAAAAAUGAAAUAAAAUAAGCAUGUACAUGACUGACAAAUGUAGCUGUUCAAUUUUGAGGUUCUUUAACGCAUAAAUUCUUCCACUUGUUUGCCUUUCAAAGCUAAAAGCUGAAUACAAAAAUAUGAAGUUUUUAGGAUUCUUUUAGAUCAGACAGAGUAGAUGUGACUACUGAAAAUAGCCCUCUUGUAAGCCCAAAUACUGACCCUGCCUAGCCACCCUUACAAAAGCCUGUAGCCGUGUGUGGCCACCCCAGUCAAACAGUCUGUCUCUACCACUGCUGUGAGGGGCUCAGGCUUAAGGCAAUUGCAGUAAAGAAAGAAUAAUGGCAAGGAUCAAAAGCAUUAAUAAUUAAGCGUGGUAGAAUAAUGGGUAAUUAUUCCUUUUUUUUAAAUAGUUUUAGUUUUUUGUAUCUUUGAAUUUUUUUGGUUGGUUACCAUGGUCGGUUCUAUGUAUUUUUAUGACUUCUUUUACAUGUUUAAUGACAUAUUUUAUAACUAUUGGUGUGCAUUAGUCUCCACAUAUCCUGUUUCUUUCCAUAUAAAUGUCCCAUUUAUGUCAUUUUUUUCAUUUUUAGCUGUUUACUUUUCGACCACUGUAAAGCAGUGGGAAUUGCAUUUGACUUGUAUGCAGGGUGCUUUAUAAAUUAAGCUUGAUUUAUGGAUUAAUGUCAUGAGCUGUGGGCCAGAGUGACUGCGAGAUUGUCAAUUGACCCUCUGCAGGUUUAUUUUAUUUUAUUUAUAUAUUUAUUGCCUAUACCUUUAUUUUUGUAAGCUUUAUAAAAAUCUAAUUACGUCCUUUAUUUUGAAAUUUCUGCAUCACAAUCGAAAGUUUGACGUUUUUCACAUGAUUUAAUGUAUUUUUAUUGUUGUCGUUAAUCCCUUUUUUAAACCUUCUAAAUGAGGCAGGAUGAAAGAGUCAAAUAUAAGAUGAGCUUACCUGUGUCAGAAGUAGAAUAAAGGUGAGUAAUUUCUUUAAGCUUUGGUGCUGUGAGUUAAUACUGAGUUAGCUUGGUUUCUGUCGGUAUUUUAGCUGAAGUUAACGGUUUUUGUUACUUUUUCUAAUAAUGAUUAUAACAAAAUUUAUUUGCACAGCACCUUUCUAGAACAGGUGUCACAAAGUGCUUCACCAUCAUUCAAUUAAAGAAAAAGGUUUGAGAGAAAAAAAAGAAACAACUUUAUUUAGAAAAGGCAUCGUUAACAAGUGAAUUGAUGGUGUUAUAAGUCACACCUGUGUUUGAUUUAUUUAGCCUAAUUGUUAACUGUAGAAGUUACUGUUUCCAUCUAGGAUAUUCAUUGUAAAUGUGCCUAUUUGGUUUCAACUGUCCACCUGUGUGUCUAGGAGUUGACCUUGUUGUCAAUCGCCAGUGUCCUUCCUGUGUUUGCUGAGACAGGCAUAAAGGAGGUGGUAUACUGUUCAUGUGUAGCUUGAGCAGAAUAUGGAUGAGGGUUAAAGGCUCAGAUAUAUUCCUGCUUUCAUUCGUGUGAUCCAGAGGUGCAUCUGUGUGCAGUGCAGGCUGACCUUUGCCAUGCAGUUUUGUACUCUUUUCUGGCCUGUGUGACCUCAUGUGGGAGCGCAGGCGAGCUAUUGAUGAGCAAGGCUCUCUGUGUGGAUUAUUUUUCUCAUGAUAAGCACUUGAGUAUGACACAGCUUCACUUUAGAUCCAAGGGUUAUAACAGCCAGAGAGCCCUUCGUUUUACUCGGUGUGCUUGUAUGUGCUGUUUGGUCAUUGGUAUCGGCCAUUUUACUGGUGCAUAGAAGUAUAAACAUGUGUCCCUGGAGCGUAACUGCUGGGUUGUAUACGCUUAAGAGUUUAGUCAUUAAACUUUGUGAAGAAAGAGACUCAAUGUGGCAAGACCGUGUUACCCUCCUCUCCUGGCCUCUUGGGAGAGUGUGCAUGUCAGAGCUAAAUAUGCCUUUCCUAAUCCAGCAAAAUGGUCCCUGUUAGUUUUAUACAUGUAUCUGCUCCUCCCCCAGUUGUCAUAUGGCAAGUGUAUAGAAUUGAACAUGCCUGAGGGCGCAAAUACAACCAUUUUACCAUUUUUUGAUAUUGGUUUAUUAAUCUCAUCAAAAUUAGGGAUGCACGAUAAUACUCGCAUGUUGAAUAUCAGCCACCAAAGGGAUUAAAAUGUCUGCCCUGCAUUAAGAUAAACCUCUUUUCUGUUAGGACAGGCUAAUAAGUUUAUGCUUUUAUUCUGGCCAAGAGAGUUGUAUGGAUAACCUUUUAACCACAAAAAGCUGGCGAAGGAAGACAAUGAUUUAAAGAUGAUGAUACGGAGCUGGAAACUGUGUGUUUUCUAUGAAUAUUCCAUAAGGACUGGACCUACUGCUGUUUUCUAUUUCUAUAAAACAAGUACAAACUUGGGAAUUCAUCUUUUACUUGGAUGGUGACGUCUUAAUCGAGGGAACAAUGCUUGGUAAAUGGACGACCAAACAAAAGAAGAAAGUACAUAAAGGCUGGGAUCUGGUAUGAUCAAGCAUGUGUUUGCUCACCGGACACAGUGAUCAUGGACUUUAAGCUGAAGUCCAGCAGCACAAACCAGGAAGAAAAACGUAGUUUUGUGAUAUUAAGAAUCAAAAGAAGAGCAGGGAAACGUUUACGGCAGGUGAGAUAGGUGAACCGUGUCUCUGUUGUGAUUAGAAUUAUGUGCCUCUCAUCUUCAGAGCAUGUUUUGCAUGCUGCUUAGUUUGGCCUCAGGCUAGAAGCUGUUUUGAGGAAGACAGCUUAUCAAGAUAAGUGACAGGCGCUGAAGUGUAUUUUUGACCUGCUGAGGGCGUUAAGGGCAAGAUUUACAAUUUAUUUCUCAACCUCUGGCAGAAAAGUUGCAUUAUAAUAAGGUCUGUUUUAUUUCAGGUUUGGUUAGCUUGCAUUGACUAUAUUUUUGUUCUCAUGAAUGUAUUCAUAAAGAUGCAAAGGUGAAAAGCACACUCUAAGUUGUAUUAUUUACACACAGAAGGUAAUCUGAGUUUAUCUGAUCACCAUAGGUUUGGUUCUUAGUUUUUAAGAGCUAAGAGAAACUUAUAAUGAGAGAUGAGAAUAAAGAAAAGUGAGAGAUUCUGCAUUUUUAAAAACCUGGGUUGCAAAGGCGUCAUUAUUUUUAACUGUUUUUAUUAUUUAUUUCUUCUGUUAUUUUCUGACUGAAGAGUCUUGUGGCUCAGAAGGAUGUAGCAAGCCUUUGUUUUUGUGUUUGAAUCAUACAUACAAUCAUAAAUGUCUGUAGAUUUAUGUAUUUUUUAAGGAAUAACCUGUUAAAUAUUAAAAAAUGCCUUUAUGUGUAUGUGUAUACCCUCUGACAAACCGUAUUACUGCACAUUUAAAGAUAAUCUAAUUUCAAUUUUUGGAGUGGCAAACAGUUUUGUUUAGUUUAGUUUUUUUUUAACAUAGAGGUAAAGCCGACACUUCAGGUCCAAUGCAAGUUUUCAAAUCUAAAAACGGGUUCUUAUUUGUAAAAGAAAGACUCUUUGAGCUUUAAUUUUCACGUUGAUUAGAAAUUGUAGAAUUACUUUGUGAGUUUAUGAUUAUCUCUUUCCUUUUUAUUAAUCAUUGUAGUGUAAGAGAAAAAUGUCCAUUUACUCCACACCAAGAAUUCUUGCUGAUGAAAGAGCACUGUGGUGGCAAUGGUCUUUCUCUCUGACACUGCAUGUCCUUCCUGGAUCUCAGCUACAGUCACUAAUCAGAAGUAGCUAAUUACCACUAAAGUCAAGUAUGUUUCUUGCUGAAGUGUAAUGCAGUGAUUUGCCUUAAAAAUAAAGUUUUGCUGGAUUGAACUGCUGUAGUAUCUUUGAUAAGUGGAUAGCCCUGUGAACAGAUCGCCUUAGUUUUUGUUGCCAGGCAACAACGGCAUUAGAUAGCAAAUUGUGAAUACUUGUUGCUGAUUCUUACGAUUUGUAUUGGCAAAUGGAAAUCUUCACCUGGUUUAACACACUCACCUGAUGUGGCCUGAUGUUUACUGCAUUACAUUACGAGAUACUCUUCUGUGUUAAAACAGCAUCAUGAACACUGUUAACUCAGCCAACAGCAACUGAGCUAACACAGUGAAGGACACAAACUGAACUGUAAGACUAAUAGAGACGUUGUUGUAUUGUUGUCAUGUGAUGGUUAAUGUGGAUGAUGGAAGGAGUGACAGAACAGCUGCUGCAGAGGUGUGGGGCAUGUUGGGGAUGUCAGCUGAUGGUCAGUAGAUGAUGUGACCUGCAUGAACUGACAUAAAGCUUCAAUGCAUGCUGUGUCUGUGAUUUAUGUGCCAGUGUGUUACAUAUUUUUGCGAAUCUCUACAUUCAUCUUCCUUAGACAGUAACCCGCUUUAGCAAUAAAACAAGCUUACAGUGAUAUUUACAGAACCAAGUUUAAACCUAAGCUUGCGAAAAUUGCUGUUUUUAGAUCCUCCCCCUCUCUCAUUGGAGUCCUGAGCUGAGUAAUCGUAUCAUGUUCAUGUGUCUCCAUGUUGGUGUUUGUUUAUUUCUCGUGUUCAGACCGAACCUUGCCCAAGACGCCGCUUAAGGCGUCUUUGCUGGUGUGUGCAGCUGUGAGAUCAUCAGCCCUCCGUGUGCUUCUGCGUGUGUGUAUAACCUCGAUGUGACAUAUGCUGCUGCCUUUUACUGUAUUUCUCUUUAGCCUGUGACGACUACACAAGGUCAAAUAGGGAGAGCAUCUGUUGGGUAAGGCGCAGACUAUCUGGGGUUGUCAGGGAGCAUCUGGGUGCAUUCACACUCACGCUCUCAAAAAUACCGACGCACAACCUUAAAUGCCUUCAAAGAGAUAAACAUUUAUUUUCUACUCUUGCAGACUGUCUCUCCCUCCCUAUCUCUCUCUGUCUCUCUCUCUCACACACACACACUAACCAUAGAAACACAUCAACACCCCAGUGUAGUAGCAGCAGCAGCAGAUAGGGGCUGCUGCAGGACUGUGGUAGCUUCUCAGCCAAUCCUAUGGCUGGUUGUCAGGAGCCCGGCUUCCCACUGGCACAUCUUCUCCUCUCUUUUCUCCCGACGGUCGUUGUCUUUCUCCAUCUCCCAGCGUCUCUCUGCAUCUCCCUUCCCCCUCAUCCUCGUCCUUUUACUCCGGGAUUUAAAUUGGCUGCAGCCAGGUGCGGUUUGCGUGUGUGUGUGUGUGUGUGUGUGUUUGUGUGCUGGAGCAGCGGUGGAGAAGCAGAGGCAGGAGGGAGGACACUGAGGCUUCAUUGAGGCGGCAGAAGAUGUGCGGUGGUUGGUUACAAGGCUAGAGGACGCCUGGGAGGACAGGCUGCCUGUGGAUAUAUACCUGUGGAGAAAGGACGGCUUUCGUCAGCAUCUGGACUAGCUGCCGAUGAGGUGUCUGGUCUGCACUUCCUUCCACGUCACUGUCUGUCUCUCCAUCGGUCCCUGUUCAUACAGCUGUGUGUGAUGGUGUGCAUGUAAAAAUAUGUGAGCGUCGGUGCCUUUGCAUGUAAAAAAAUACCGCUUAAGUCUAGAUACAUCGCUGCAUGAUGUGUUGUGAACCCAUUUGAGACUGCGACGGCCCUGAAAAUGUAGAUCAUGAUUUCAUCCUGUCUUCCUUUGUUUUCCGGCAUUCUCCUCUCCGCUCCUCUCCUCUAGCUUUGCUGUAUGUGAAGCAAUUCACUGUGCUUCAGAGCCUCGCUAAAAUGGUGUCAGUUUACAUAAGAUGUUAUUCCAAAAAGCUUCAUUAUUGCAGAGUCACGGACAGCAUCAUAAAUGCAGGUGUCCUUGCUGUCCAUGUGGCCCUGUGUUAAAAUUUCCCUGUCGGACUGUUUGCUGUAAUUUCUCGUUGACGGGUGUGAGCUGCAUUAAUUUCAACCGGUAGGCCGAAACCUGUCAAUGCAAUUCAGCAGGAGGUCGCUAGAGUAUGCAUGAGUGAGAGGACAUGUUUUUCAUUUGUAAAUGCAUGGCUUGUAACCGCAUACCUCCUGCUGUUGGAUGUGAUAGUCUUGCAUACUGAAUGUUGUGUAGCGAAUAAGUUCUCCUCCUCUCAUCCUCCCGGGCCUCUUUGGUUUUGGGAUGGAGGGAGGAGAAACUAUUCAUGGACAUUAUCUUGCAGUGUGUGUAGAGCACAGAUAUGUUGGCCUGCUCUAAGUCUUCUUCCCUCACUUCAUUUUGCUUGUUUACCGCACUUGGGGGACUAAUGAGGAAAAAAGACGGUUUGCACAGCGAAUAGCUAGCAGAGACAAGAGCAGCAGAGAGAGGAGGUGGUUUGAGCCGCUGUCCUCUGUGGGCCUUUUUCAUCCAACCCGCUGACACCGCACAUUUAGCCCCAAGGGGAUCGCUGGUUUACACAAUUACCAUGAUCUUUGCGUGAAUGUGUGAGUCUGUACAUGCGUGUGUGUGUAGCUGCCUCUGCUGCUGAGCUUGGUGUGAAAGUCAGCUUAUUACUGCUAUUUGAUGAAACUACUCACCUACUUGACCACAAAAGCUUGUUUGUUCCUUUAGUUUCCUUCACACGCUCGUUUUCCUUUAAGGCGAUAUGAUGUUUUUAAGUCCUCUUUUGUCUCUAUUGGUCUUUCAAACUGGACAUUCUCUUUUAGCUUGUUUCUGCUCAUCUCAACACAAAAGAUUCAUCAAAUUCUGCAGCAUAUCAUGGAGCUGAAAUACUGUAAUCACACUAUUUUAUUCACAUUUACAUCCCAAUUUUCAGCCAGAUGCAGAUGUGAAGUUUGGUAAAGUUUGUUAUCUAGAUUAGAAUUGGAAAGUUCUGUGAGUUAAUCCUUUCAUUUAUUCCUCUGUUGGUUCUGGAGUUCAUCUUGAAUAUCCUAAAAGAGUAACGAGUCUCCCAGAUUGCUCGGUCAAAAUGUUAACUCUCCAGGUGUGUGUGUUGUGUGUAUUAAUUAUUCAAAGAAGUGCAAACAUUAAUCUCCCUCUCCUUGUGUUGGUGUCCAGGGGGGGUCGUUGACAAGGAUUUGCGGCACUACCUCAACCUGCGCUUCUCCAAGGGCUCAGUGGACCACGACCACCAGCAGAUCAUUAGAGACAACCUCUACCUCCGCACCGUUCCCUGUGAGUUCACACCACGCCGCCUCUAUUGCUCCUUUUGGCCUUCAUCACUCUUUGAUCUCAUCGUGUUUUCUGCCUCACUGUGCAUCCGUAGUUUUCUCGUUUAUUGUCUUUCUCUCCUUUUUUUUUUUUAACAGCUCAUUCCUCCCCACCUCCUUCUCAUUUUUUCUCUGUUUGAAAUUUCCCUCCUCGCCCCUCAGGACUCUGCCCCUGUAUUUUUUCAUCACACAUGCUCUUUCUCUCGGUCUCUCAUGUCUAUUGCUCCCUCUCUUCCCUCAAUCGUCCGGCUGCUGAGCUCUCAGCCUGAGGUUUCCACGGCAACCAGCCUCUUGUCUCGAGGCUUGUGUUGCCUUGACGCCCUACCCCCUUCAGCACACGCUAGACAUGCACAACACACACACAGCUAUGCAAAGAUAAUUACUCGUCACCCUCUAGCUUACAUUUAGAAGAUGUGUCUCUAACUGUGUGAGGACAAUUUACCCACAAAUCUUAACAGAGAAACAUAAUUUAGUUGCGGUAUAUAUAGAUGUGUGUGUUUGUGCUUACACUGUGUCAUCAGUUUGUGUCAUGCUGCCUGUUGUGGGACUAUGUCAUUGCUGGGGUUGACAUUGAGGGGGUGCCAGCAGCAUCUGCCUGCUGUCAAUACAGCCAGCAGCUCAUGAAUCAGCUUCUCCGGAGACUCAAGACAUGAAAUACAUGUGGCUGCGUGCAUCUAUGUGCAUGUAUGUGCAUGUAUGCAAGGACUUCAUGCAUGUGGAUGAGUGCUCUGUGAUUUGAUGUUUGUCGAAGGGCUUUGCACAUGUCAUUUUUCAGCAUCCUCUGUAUGUACUUUAGUCACGCUUUCAGGUUGUUUAACUAGCAAAGGUGGUUGCGUUGAACGAGCCGGCCUGUUGUCUGUUUGUGGACAAACAGAUUCGGAUCCUGAAUUAAGUAUAAAGUGAACCUUGGAUUUUGCGUCGGUUCUCGUUGUUUUUCUAUCAGCUGUUUACUUCUACUAUACGGGAUGCGCUCGGUGUGUGGAGCUGCUGACACAGAAGUGAUUGUUUAAUACUCUCCCACAGCUGCACAGUUCCUGAGCCUCUCUCUCUCUCUCUCUCUCUCCUUCGUUUUCCUCUCCUCCCUCCCUCCUGUCUUUUUCAUCUCCCUGCCUUCACUCUUCGCCCUCUCAUGUCCCCCGGACUCUCUCCCGUUUCCUCUGCCUGUUUUAUCUCCUUUAGUCGCUCAAUCAGAUUUUCUCUACCUUAAAGUCAAAACCGCUAACCUUCCCUCCUUACUUGCCUUUUCUACCUUCUGCUCCAUGUUUGCUGUGUAAUAGGACAGUGGGGGAAGAUUGACAGGGUGAUGACUAAGGUGACUGAAAAUAGUCGCGGUUCAAUGCUUCAGGUCUUCACACACUUCAGCCCUCGUCAUUGCUAAAGAACGGCACUGGGCCUUUAAGUACCAUGGACCAUGUUUUUUCAUCCUGUCUGAGUAAUAGCUGCCGCCAGACCUUUAUGAGACUGGAAGGACAGUUACUCUGUGAUGUGUGAGCAGUAACGACAUCUCCAUAAUUAACUGUCGAUCACUGAACAAAGCUGGUACAAUAUAUGUAGAUUAUAGGAAUUCAAACUCAUAGACCUCCAGCACAGCAGCUUUGAGUCAUACGCUGAAUACUUUGAUUCAUUUAAAUCCAUGCAAUAUUACAGUGAUUCCCCAAACUCAUCUCUAUGCGACGUCCCAGUUUUAAUUCGCCUUUGGUCAGCAGGCUAACUAUGUCACACAAAAUGCAGUACAGUUGGCCGAGGAUGCUACAAAAAACAUUCUCUGCAUGACUUCCCGGCAUUCAGAGACACACAAAGGCAAGCGCUGCUCAACCAUCAGAGUGACACAGCAUCAGACAGCUAAAAAACAGGAAUGAGCGUGCUCAGUGCUGCGCUGCACUACGCUGCUCGUGCCCGGCAGGCUGUUUGUUGUUGUGGUUUGGAGCGUCGUAAAAUCAGUGAUUUUUUUUCCCCCCCUUGUCUGCAGUGCUCUGACCAUGCUGUCAGUGCGAGUCUGUCAGCUUGACAAGCAGACGCCACUCUGCAUCACAACAUGCUGUCACACUGAAGGACGUGGGAGGAAGUGUGUGUCUGCGUGUGUUACUGUGUGUUUGUUCAUACACCCAGAAGGCUGGUAUGUUGACAUCAACUCCUGCACCCUGUUACGUCACUUGCUCAAGGAUUGGCCAUUGUCCCCCUGAAAACAUGAAUUAAAUGUGAUAAUAUGAUCAUUAUUAAUUCUGUUAUUUACUUUAAAUUAUUGCCUUCAGGAUGUCUGCUGUGUGUGUUUACCUACCAACCAGCAACAACAGAGUCAUAUUGACCUGAUAGUAAUAUGACAGAGUAAUACUAACACAAUGUAGUCUCCAGGACAGGUUAAAGGUGGGGUAGGCAGGAUCUGAGGAAGUACCCGUUUUUGGGAGAAAUCUUGAAUAUAAACACAACCCCUCCCAACCAGUUUUCCCCUUAGCUCCUCCUCCCUCUCCACUCCAGCAAGCCCCGCCCACAAACAGACGCUCCCUGCUCGCUCGUAUUGUUUCAAUUAAAUUCAGAUAUAAUGCAGAUAAAUACUUCAGAUAAUUACAAAUGGGGCCCAGUCAACGUGAAAGUAAGAACCCCUGGUGCUACUGUAGCGGCGCUACAACACACAGAAGGUCCCGUUAGACAAGAAACAUUUUUGUUACAGACACUUGGCUUACUUUGUUAAAGCGGUUUACCUGUCCAGCAGAAAGGUUACAGGGUCUGUAAGAUCCAGAAGCAUCCCCCAUCGUUUAGCUCUUGUCCGGUCUACAUCUGUAUUAAGCGCCAGUUAUUCCGCCAGAGUCUCCAUUAUUUAGUUCAUUUUCUGGCUUGUGUCGUGGCCAAAGGAGGAUUCAGACAAUUUUCCGUAUGUUCUGGUCGUUUUUUACAGUGCAAUAUUGUAGCAUGCUAACUUUGUUUAGGCUCGUGAACGUUAUUCAAGGAUGUGGGGCGUGCCUCGCAACACAAGAGAGCAGCGUCUGCCUCACAACCAAUCAGGAUGGGGGAGGCGGAGAAUGGCUUUGUUUACAGCCAGAAAGAGCGGGCCGCUCAAAAAAUUUAAAAUGUUGACUACACAGACAUAACAAAACACAGUGAUAUUGUGAUAUUCCCAAAUGUCAUCAAUAACUAAUAGCAACUGACUGAUAUUAAAAGCUUUUUUGUAUACACCACAAAAAAAGAUGCUUCUUUAACAGAAUCCUGCCUACCCCAACUUUAACUAAAUACCCUGUUGUUUUAUGCAGCUCCACAACACAACCAUAUACUACCUCAUAUAUCACAACUGGGGAUAGAAACUGAGGAACUGGAGCUGAGAGAGGGCUACAGAGGAACGGGGCUACAGGAGUACGAAGGUCAGGAAAACAUUGGGAGAAACAGAGAGGUGGUGGUGGUGGUGAGGGGGCAGUAGAUGCAGAGAGAAAAGGGAAGGUAGUGUGAUAGAUGUGGACACAGGCAAAGAGGCUCCAUAAGAAGAUGGAUAAAGAGGUGAGGACAGAAAUGGAGGUGGUUAAGAUUGCUGGGAGAAAUGACUUGAGAAGAUCGGAAAGAGGAUGGACGUUGAGAAGGGAUGAGUUGAUGAGAGAGGAUAGGAAAGAGGAUUGAGCGUUGGUUGGGCAGAGACAUGGGGACUAGAAGGGCAGACGUGCCCUGAAUGGGGGUAGAAGGAGAUAUAAGGGAACCUCGUAAGUAAUUCCCGGGAGAACCAUCUCCUCCCCACUACUCCUCUCAGAGGCAUCAGUAAAAGGCUCUAUAAAUAGCUUCAACAGUGAGCAGCACGUUCCUUUACUCAGCCCAUAAAUACAUGCAGCUUCUGUCACUUCACAUCCUCUGCUCUGGACGCAUUCUGCCCCGCAGCAUCUCAGCCUCCGAGAGGGAAUCCUCCUUUGGAGACUGCAGAGGAGGAGGAGCAGAUUAAGAUGUUCAUGAGGAACAGGAUCAAGAUGCUGAGGAGCAUAGUGAUCGGCUGAUCAACGCCAGUGAUACUGAGAGCCACAGUGAAGAUAGCUUCUGUGGUGGUGUCAGGAACGUGUGAUGAAAAUGGCACCUUUUAACCUUGUUGCAUGUAGAAUAUUUGAUUGUACCGCCCUCUAAAUGACAUAUUUUUGCAUUUAUACCCUCAACCUUUAAAAAUGGUUUUAAUUCAGCUCUAUGACCACCAUGCAGCUUGACCAACAGUAUAGUUAACAUAUUAAUGAUCAGAAAAAAAAGAAGAAAAAGUUGGUUUUCUAUCCCUAACAAUGUCACAACAGGUCCACUGGCUGCAUCGCAAAGAUGAAGUUUAUUUCAAAGAUCUUUUAUAUUUAUUUCAUCAAAAGAAGGUUUUGAAAGAGUCCUCAGAGACCAGGGAGGAUUUUAGAGAUAAUCGUCAAAUUUGAUAGGAUCAAUGAUAUUUGUAUCAGAGCUGUACAAUACUGAAAAAAAAAAAACUUCUGUAAUAUUUUCCUGUCUUAAUAUAGAUAUGAAUACAGGAGUUAAACCCAGAAAAAUGCAGGGUAUUUGAAGUGCAUGUAAACGAUUAAGGAGGAGAGAGUACAGGUGUAGUGACAUGUUACUUUAAAAGUGUCUUUUAAGACUGCAGGUGACCUACUUACAUGUUAUCAAUAAUUUAUAUUGAUGCUGAAAGUUGAUGCUAAUAGUUCAAGAAAAACUCAAUGUGUUCUUUAUUUUACUUUAACCACACUGAGAUGUAUGUUAUGUGUUGUGCUCUGCAGGUGUAGAAACUGAAACUGUGAAUAAACACUCCAUGGUCCCAUUAGCGGUCCAUACUUUGUGAGUACACUGUUUCUGUAAUGCUGGUUCUGGUACCAGCCUCACUUGUUUGUUGGCAUUUCACGUUCAUGUGACACACUUGUACAGAUUCUGUGAAAUUGCAGUAAAGAUAGAUGUAACCAAGUAGGGUAAAGAAGGAAAACUUGUGUUAUCAGCUACUUUGAACCUAUGAGCCUUAUUAUGUAUCGACUCUCCUCACAGUCAUUAGUGAAUUCACACUUGUAUCACCUUUUGGCCUAGAAACCAUCUCUGCCAGUGUGCUGCUGCAGCAAAGUUAGACUCUAAACUUUGUCCUACUGGCACUGUGGGAUCAUCACACACCUUGUUCAUUAUUCUACAUCUCCAAACAAACUUUUACUCCCUUCACAGAGAAUAACUUUUUUACCAUGGCAUUGCAGCAAGAUACCAAGUUUCCCCACUGCCAUCUGUGUAGGAUUGUUUAUCAUUUACCAGCUGGAGGAAAACACGGGAAAACACUCUAAGAUACCAUGUUUGUAGUUAAGGCACAUUGCAGGUGUUGAGCUGCUGAUGUAGGUGGGCCUUAAUAACCCAAAACUGUGACUGAUAAAGAUGAUGAUUAUGAUAACGGAGGAGUAAUGGAAGUGAUUACAGCCUUCUAAAGAUGUUUGUCUUUGAGAUGAAGCAGUUUGUAAAGAACUGAUCGCUGUUUUGUGUGUUUCUGGAGCAGAGUAAUAGCAGCUGAAUGUCUGUGAAUGCAGAAAACCCCCCACUGUAUGAAAGUAAAAGCACAUAUGUGACUAUUUUCAAAGAUACUCAGGUUAUUCUAUUUGUGUGUCGAGAUUUAAUGGGUUUAGCUAAUGAAAAGAGUGCUCCUGUUAGCUUGCCUUACUGCAUUUUGUGUGCGUGUCUGUGUGCGUGUGUGUGUGUGUGUGAUGAUAGAGAGAGCUACAUCAUCCCCCAGGGAUCCUCUUCUUAAAGGGGUGAUUUGCCUGCUGGUUUGCUCAUGUUAAAGGGCUGGCUGACAUGCUUUGAUGUGGCUCUGUGCUCCCCGCAGCUUGAUUGGCACACUGGAUUAAUGUUGUUCCGCAGAUGAAAGAAACUGCGAGGGAAUGAUAUGAAUUUCAUGAAAUGAAAAUAGCAAAUAUUGAACAUGAUUAAUGAAUUGGUUCUGUUUGCAAAGUGCUUUGCCUGUUAAGCUCUGGACAGGUGUCAUCCCAUCCCCUCUUCUCUCUAAUGUGUUGCUAUUGCUUAACUGCUAAUCGUAAGAUGAGGUUCUUCUGAAGCUCUGUAUAUUUGUGCCCCUGUCUGUAGUUUGAAAAAACCCUCCACACCUUUUCAAGUCCCUCAUGCUGUCUUCUUUUUGGUGCUAUUUCGAGGUUUAGAGUAGAGAUGAUUAAAGGCAUGUUUUAGUAAUCCACAUCUGCCUUCAAGGUCAGUAUCUCCAUAAUGGUUUCUAAAGUCAUUUAAAAUCUAUUAAAACAUGUUACUGACUAAGAUAACUAUGAUUAUUUGAUUUUAAUGUGCAUGAAAUAAUGGAUUUAUACAUGACUUUUAAAAAUUGUUGUGUCAUAUUUACCUGGAUUUUCAUUUGGUUCAGCCACUAUCAGGGUUUUUCCUGGCUCAAAUUGAGGCGGAGGUGGCACCAUCCUGACCAUGCGCCAUGACGUGCAUGUAUUUGUAAAUUCAACCGAUUCACUUUCUUUUACAGGCAACAUACUUUAAGUUAAGAGUUCAAAAAAGAGUGUGACCAUUAUUAUGUUAAAGCAUUAAUUUAUUAAAACUAUAUACAUACACAAAUCAGCUGGCAACUUUAAAUUGAAAGUACACUUCAUCCACACAUCUCGCAACCAGACAGAACAUUUCAGCCUCCUCUUUUUCAUUCUGUAGAACCUCCUCAUGCACUCCUUGUAGUCCAAGGCCUCCUGGUCUGGUCCAUCAACGGCCACCUUACAACAGACAUCCAAGUGCCUCCCCUUCAGUCUGUUCCACAGAGGUGUCUUCACCUUAAACAAAACCAUUCAUCAUGCAUUAAGUAAUUUUGUUUUUAUUCUGAUACAGACAUGAAGAGUGAUAGUGUUUUCAAUCACAUACUAUAUAUAUGUAUACGCUGCAGUGUCCUCCCUAAAAAAAAAAAAACGACAACCAAUUAUUUCUUAAACUAUCUAAACUAUGUUAUUUUUUUUUUUGUAACUUUAUUAGUUGAGUUUUUUUUUAGGUACUACCAUCUUUAAUAUAUUUCUCCUUCUCUUCUGCUGCUUUGUGAACGGCUGUCACCUCAUGUCUUUUUAAUGUGUCCAGCCUGUAGUUGGUUGAUGGCUGUCUCACUAAGGAGGCAGCAAUUGCCUGCUGUGUUGGGGCACAGUGCUUUUGGCAUAAACAGCAGUGCAUGCCUUCCUCAGUAUGCCUGAGCCAGGUAAAUUGAUUGAGCCACUGCUUGUCAAAGCCACUGGCUCUGUGUUUUUGAGAAGAUCUGGAAAGAGGAAUAAAAACCACGUACACGUCGGCUUUGCGUUGUUAUGCUCCUAAUUGGAAACUAAUUAAUUAAUUACCCUCGCCUCGCCGACUCGUCCUGUCCUGCAUUCUGACCCUCGCGAUCACCAGUCCCUUGUGAAGUACUUUCAGACCUGACACAAAUUUCCACAUUGUCACCACCAUGAAUUAUAGCAUUUUAACUGCCUGUUACGUUUUUUCUCUGCUGUGUUUCACCUGGACUCUUGACUUUCCUCCUCGCGAGGUCGCUUUUUAAAGUACUGGCUGAUUUUGCCUGUCAUAACUGCAACGCUAAAAACGGAGUAAACUUUUUUUUUUUUUAAUAAACACGACAUGCUUGGAUGCAAAAAAGAGAAGCAGUAUUUACCUGUUUGUACCAUCCGCCAGGGAAAAUCAGGACGCCGAUAGCACCCACUAGCGGGAAAAAAACUUGAAAAAACAUGAUUCGAUCCGUUUCUUCUUCGGUAGAUGCUUCAGGUCUUUCCGGUGCACUGCUGUUGAUAUAGCGCCUCUAUAGUGGCGCAGCGCUGCAACUGCAGUUAAAAUACGUUGCUGCUGCAUCGGGACAUCAAUCGCUCAAUCAACACAGCUGGAGCUUUACGCUGUGUUGAGCGAAAUCAAUCGCUCUGGCUGGGGGCGGCACAAAAUUAGGUGGAGGCGGCCGCCACGCAAUUUUGAACGCAGGAAAAACCCUGACUAUGAUUGUCAUUGUAUUGUCACCAUAGACUGUAUAUACUAUGUACAACUUGGUUCCGCCAGAAUACAGAUUUGAAGCUGAAAAGCUCUCAGUAAUUCCGCCUUUUUUCUCCACUUCCGGAAACCAACAUUGCGCAGUAGCAUUGUAUGCACUCGGCGGGAGAAUCGCCAAGCGUCGCUGUGAUGACGCUCAGCUCAAGCAGCGUAUUCCCCGGGUGAGCUACGCAAUCUUUGUACACCUAUAGGCUGUAUUAAGUGUCAAUCAUAGAAAACAUGAACCCCCUAAUAACUUUUAAAAGCUGAGCUGUACAGAAAAAAGAGGAUUUAAGCACAAACCAGUCUUACAAUAACUACAUGUCAACAUCACAAGCAGAGGGGAGAAAAAUGUAUAUUCUGUGUGAUAAAUUUCUAAAGUUUGUUCACAGCUCCAUAAGGAUUGCUGGAGGAGGCAGGAUUUAUGACCUAUACUGCAGCCAGUCACCAGAGGGUGCUGUUCUCGGGGUGGCUUCACCCAGCAAGGAAACAGACAUUGUCUACUCUAUAUACAGUCUAUAAUUGUCACCUUGUUUCUUUUCUAAUGAAAAGACAUCAUGUGAUAUCAGCAUCAGUAUUGGCGGUCGAAAAACUGUGAUCUCCUGACCACUAGUUCAGAGGUUACAGCGAUAAGCCUGGCGUUGUCCUGUGAGGGUCAGCGAUUGCGGCUCCUCAGACCGUUUAAAUGUUGACUUUGGUCGAUCCAUACUGCUGUCUACUCUAACGCGCACAGCUGCACACUCUAUCUGCGAAACACUAUAUGCCAGCAUGGUGUGUGUGUAUCUGUGUGUGUGUGUGUGUGUGUGUGUGUGUGUGUGUGUGUGUGUGUGUGUGUGUGUGUGUGUCAUGACCCCCACUGUCCUCCUGCACUAGCAGGCUCUGCAGACUUGCAAAGGGUCUUUUCAGCCUAUCAGCACUGAUUUCCAUCACCACAGGACACGCCUCAGGACAGGGGUAAUCUCUCAAUGUCACCCAGGCUGCAGCUCUGCCAGACACUGAUCCAGCGAACAAUACAGUUGUCUCUACAGCUGAUGAUAAUCCUGACUAACAGAUGCUUCAUUGAAGAAACUUGAGAGCUGAUGCAGCUGUUCAAAGCUGAAUUAACUGUGAUUACAAAGUUUUGAUUAUGGGUGUCGGCCCUCUCCAUCAAAUUCUGCCCUUGCGUUUUUAAUCAUGCUUCUUGCUGUUACAGCGCCCAGGAUAAGUAGUUGACACAUCAUCUUUGCUCGAUGUGUAUGACUUUGUGUCAAGUAUUCAUUCUGUACAGAAAAAGAAGUCAAACACUUUUACUCUGAAAAUAUGGAGUUGUUAGAUGUGUGGCACUUUUGGCCAAUAACGAUUUGAGACAAAUAUUAACAUUUUAAAUAAAGUGUUUAUUUAUUACGACAGAGUAUUAGGGCCACAUUACGGGAAAAAAAUAAGACUUCGAGAAUAAAGUCGUUCAUUUACGAGAAUAAAGUCAUUACUAAUGAUAAUAAAGCCGUAAUAAAAUCAUUACUUACAAGAAUAAAGUCGUAAUAAAAUCAUUAUGAUACUUAUGAUGAUCCAUUAAUUCGCCAUUAUAACGCCAUUAAUUCUGCAGUUGACUUUACAAAGUCGGCAGAAAUCAUUUAGAUCUGCAGAAGACGUCGGAUAUAAACGAUUUCUGCCGACUUUGCAAAGUCAGCUGCAGAAUUAAUGGCGUUCUGAACGAGCGGCGCUUUGAAAAGUCUCGAGCAUGUGUUAGACGUCACCAUCUACACAUUGACCAAUCAGGGGCUGCCUUUCCCUGCUGUCCGGGAAACAGUGGAAACACAGUCACUGAUUGGCCCGGUUAUUUUCUGAUCAGGAAUACACGCUCCCAAUUGGCCGAAGUCCAGACUGUUGUGGGAAGGAACGGCAAGUGAUUCACGCAACAGGAUGGCCCAGCCAGGCUAAUGCUGAUGUGCCAAAAGAUUAAGUAUCUCCUUGUUUGAGAAACGUAUAUUGAAAUACAUUUUCAUGAAAUGCUCCAUGGCUCUCAUUUCAACAACUCUCAUCUUAAACAACAGGUCAGAAUAUAAGGACUUUAUUCGGACUUCACUCUCAUAAGUGAUUACUUAUGAUAUCGUAAGUGAUUGACUUUAUUCUUGUAAGUAAUGAUUUUAUUAUGACUUUUAGUCUAGUUAGUAAUGACUUUUUUCUCGUAAAUUAAUCUUGAAGUCUUUUUUUCUUAAUGUGGCGCUAAAACUCCGUUAUUUAUUUUCAAUUAGCCAAUAGUCAAUCAAGCAAUUAAACUUUUCAGCACUUAAAGAGUCAUAUAGCUCUGUAUUAUCAAUGAGAUGACUGUUAUCGUCUCUUCUGUGGUAAAAAGAAAGAUAAUUUAGCAUAACAUACAAACUUGCCAUCUGUGAUUCUUAUUUUGUCAACAAAAUCCACCCACCAACCCUUUAAUCUCAGGGAUUAACAAGUUAUAAAUGUCGGUAUGAAAGUAUUGAAAAGUAAUAAUUCUAACAGUUUUAUCAGCUUUGUCUUUGUAGAGACCAGACAGCUCCCUGAAUAUCCUCUGGUUGCCUGGCAACUGCUACUAGCAAAGCAAUGCUCCUGCAGACCAUUCUGUGUAACACUAAAACCUGCCUCCCUCCUAUAUGAUCAGUGAGGUAUGUGUUUAUUCAGAAGUUUUGGAGGUGCUAUCAGGAAAGUUGUUUCCUCUGGAUGGAGCCAAAUGAACUGUCUUCCUGUGCCCAUGCUAAACUAAGCCAAACAGGAGCUGGCUGUGUCCUUUUAUCUACCGUUUAAAUGUUUAUGUAUUGAGUUACUCCUUUACCUCUUGGCAUUAGAACAAAUACGACCAUACUUCCUUUAAUGAGCAAACAUACCUGGCCUUAACUUCUAAGCUACCCUCACAACGUUAAAAAAGUUUCUCAUGCUCAUUAAGUUGAAGGGAUGCAGAGCGACUUGCAGACGUUCAGUAGUAAACAGUAGUUCUGGUUUAUGACAGUAAUAAGAUCCAGGAGUUGUGUCUCAGUCUGAAAUACAUAAAGUAAGCUAUAUCUGCAUUACUUCACCUGUUUGCUUGGGUUACAUCACUCACAGAUGUUAUUGGUAGAGUCUUGAAAGCUCAGAUGCUGCAAAGGUCAAAUAUUCACUUUACUGUAAGUGGAGCACUCUGUGGCAUCUCUCUCUCUCCGCUGGAAAGAAAUGGCAUGGAUGGACAACUGUUGGUCUGCUUUUUAUAAAUCUUGUUUCAACUGAGAAGGCCACUUUUACAUGCAUCCUAUAGAUUUUGUCACUGCAGACUACCACCAGACUGAUCCUGUGGGAGCUCCUGUCCUCCUAUUCUAUAUGAGAUUUACAGUGCACAGGAUAGGUGGUAUAGUCCUUCAGUUCUCCCUUAGUCUAUUUAACCCGUAAGCUAAACCACCAGCAGAAUUACUUUAAGAAAACCAGGUGCUACUCUCUGUGGCCGGACUGUGACACUAAUUGAUUGAUGAAGCCCAUGGAAGCAAGAAGCAGCUCUGCAGAGCAAAGGGGCUCAAUCUGAGCUCCUACACAGUGAAAUGCCUGUACAGGCAAUGUGUUCAAGUGUCAUCUCUAACAUAGAUAUUAUUUAAUCUCUAACAUAUUUAAUUAUUUAAUGCUGCCUCUUGUUUCCAUGGUGAGGCUGUGUUGCCAGGUGCUGACAUGGUGUUUGAGUAGAAGAUGCUCCUGUGAUAGAGUAGCUUUAUCUGGGGCUGAGCUUUGUAGUAUUAAUAACAGUGUGUGUGUGUGUGUGUGUGUUUGUGUGUUUUUGUUCUAGCGUACCUUUCUAGUAGACUUUUCUGUCACACUCCACAUCUCCAAAAAGAGAGACAGAAGAGAGAGAGGCGAGGCAAACCAUGAGAGUGAAUAAGACACCAGAUCAAAGAGCGAGACAGAGCGGGAAGGAGAGACAAAAGGAGACAAGAGUAACGACAGAGGAAGAAGUGGAUUUAAAAAAGGAAAAAAGAGAGAGAGAACAAUGGGGACAGAGAGGAAAAGAGCGAUCAAGGGGCAAUGGGGUAAACCAACCUGGGUAAACUGGAAAUGAGGAGAGAGAGUGGAUGUUGGAGGAGGAAAAAUUGAAAGGAGAAAAUGGAUGGAUGGAUGGAUGGAUAGAUAGAUAGAUAGACAGAUAGAUAGAUAGACAGAUAGAUAGAUAGAUAGAUAGAUAGAUAGAUAGAUAGAUAGAUAGAUAGAAGGCUAAUCAAAUGAGUAACGAAGCAGCAGAGUGCGUGUGCAGCGGAAACAAACACAGACAGCCCUCACAUUCCUCUCUGCUCUCUCGCUGUCGUUGUGUUCUGCAUGCUCUGUUCUGAAAGGGAUUCUGGGUAAACAACUUCAGGGUUUUGAGGACAGAGUAUUUUCUCUCUCUCUCUCUCUGUUUUGUUGUCUGCAUGGUUGCAGAAAUGUGUCUUGAAAUCCAAUUUUCCCUUCUUACUCCCUCUUGGAUAACUUCAGAAUUAGUCAACAUUGUGUUUUCAUGAUUGCAAAUGUAGAUUGAUGAGCCAGACUACACUCUCUUGCACAUCAUCGUGGACAUUUUUUUUCAUAUAUUUUAGCGGAAGUUACUGGAUUUUACUGGAAUUGAGGCAAGGUUUCUUUCUGCUUAGCCCUGCAGCAUGGUCACAGAAGUUGGACAAACUGCAGCAUGUCUCUUUACAGAAAGACAGAUAUGCAUUAUGAAUAUAAACCAGUUCCUUCGCCACCACAUGCAGCUUUUUGGGCGAGUUUAGACACACAACAAGGACAGGCGUGUAAUCAGAUUUGUGCCUGCAUGUGUGAAUCUUUUUCAUGAGUCCAUCUUGUGUUAGCUUCUUUAGUAUAGUUUUAGUCACUUUAAGAUGAGAUGCUGCUUCUUUAUCUGCAACAAAUUCUCUCUGACUCCCAAAGCAACCCGAUGGAUCUGGUGGAUGAGGCAAGAAAACAGAGAGACUAACAUAAUACAUACAGUUUGUUUGAUGGGUGCAGUGAGACACAAAGCUGGGUGUUCAUGUAGGUCAUUCAGUCUUUAUCAUUCAUGUCAGGUAUCGGCUCCUCAUGUUUCAUGUUUAAUGAUUAGGAUGAGAGGACAGAGUGAUACUUAUACCUCUGCGUCUACAGCUUUACAUUUUAGUCAACGUUAAGACACACAUGCACCCUUUUCCCUUUACAUGUUCACGCUGAGAUUAUAUCAUUUGACCAUCUUCCCCCAUCCUUUAUUAUGAUAAUCAGUUCAUCGAUAGUCUAUUUUUAGCUCUAACUCUCCCUCGCUCUGCUUCUUCCACUCGGUGACUUCCUGUCUAAUUAUACAAACAUGCUCAUGAAUACACGUGCGCAUUCUCAAACUCGGUCCCCGGCUGCUGCUGAAUGCACAGCAAGGUCCACCAAUCAUGCUUCUCCAUCUCUGACUGUCUCCCUUUCUCUGUGUUUUGCUCUGCUCACUGCUUUUCUGCCACUGUAUUAUUUAGCAAAGGUCUUUGUCCUCUUAUCGUCUGACACUCUGCUGAGUUUUUUUAGCUUUUCCUCCAAAUGGAAUUUCCCUGUUAUGUUUCUACGUAAUCUCUUUUUUUUCUCAUUCACUCCCACCAGUGUGAAAAUAUUCUCUGGCGCUCAGUUGUCAUUGUUUGAGGCUGAGAGUGUCUUUGGACAGUAAAGUGGUAGUUCUGCAGCUUUUCUGUGCUAUUAUAGAUUCCAGUCGUUAAAGCCAUAAUCUCUGUAGUGCUCGUACUUGAAGCUUCACCUCUGAGACGUUUGGCUACACAUGCUGAUUGCAAUGCAAAGACCGUUUUGGCUCACUGUUGGCUUUAUCCUUUAUUAGCAAGAGCAUGACAUCCAAUCAAUAGCCAACAGCAGCCGUGCUUUUGGCCCAGGCGAGACUUUGCUGCCGUGUUUCACUACAGUCAGCUGUGAUUUAUUUGAUUUAAGCACCUGUGCAGCUUGUCCUGCUUUGUUCUGCUCAUUUAUUAAAGCUCUGCUUUGGAGUUUUUGAGACACUGUUCAAAGUACAUAAAAAGAUAAAAAGGAGCAGCUGAACUUUAGUGAACUGAGGACAUUUCAGCCCUCAUCCACAUUCACUUUAAAUAAUGGAUCACAUUUAUAGCUUUUUUGGCCUCUACCUUUGAGUUUUCAGGAUAAGAAAGAGACUGAAGAGAGAGGAAAGUGGCAGCAGGAACAGAGUGGAUUUUUUUUUUAAGGCAGGGUGUUCAUUUUAAUUAAAAGAUCAACAUCCCACUAAUUUAGUGUUUGUAGCUGCGGGUGAGGAAGGAGUGCAAGUGGGGAGCCAAGGAGGAAAAACAGGCAGUGUCUGCAUAAAGAGGGAAAAGGGAACAAUCAGACUCUCUGCCUUCCUUGGCAGAUAGUUGAUCGAUAUUCCCAGCUCAGAUCCAACAAGAUGCUCUCUCUCCCUCUCUCUCUCCCUCUUUGCUCUGUUGCUAUGUCCAGUGAAGGAAGCUGUGGGAGAAGGCCACUGGCAGGUCAUCAGUAUUCCAGCAAGCUCUGCCUACUCUGGUGUGGGCAGCAGAAUAAUUUCAUUCUGAUCUUACAGAUCAAUAGCUGUACUCAGAGGAAGGCGACCGGCCCCGCCUGGCUGGCUGAGCUGCUGCAGUAUCCAGAGUAGCACUACAUGUUCGUUGGAAGGUCCUCUUCAAGAUCACUUUUUUUAAACUUUCUAUUUAGUAGUGCUCAUGGAGUGGGCUUGAUUGUGCUCGUCCAUGAAGCUUCUUCACAUUAGGACGUCAUUGAGUGGAUAUAGGCGAUUCAAAGGCUCUCAGUAUACAUGCUGUUCGUGAGGCUUAUAAUAUAAAAUUUUGUAAAGGCUGAGUCACAGAAGUGAUGAGUCAACUCAGGGGGUGAGGAAGUUAUUUAUUACUCUUUAUGAUGUAAUGUAAUCAAAUGUACCAACACAUAGGCCAAACUGUGAAAAACAACCUACAAGAGUGCUUCUUAAAAUGAUAAGAACAGCUGACAACUCUAGAAACGUUCAUUUAAAGAAACGAAAGAAUGAACAGAUUUGUAUUUGGGUAUAAAACGUCAAAAAGUUUAAACACCGGGGCCAUCGAACGCUUGUACCAUGGUCUCCACAGUGGCUGUGGGUUCAAGUCUUGCCCUGACUUUGUGCUGCAUGUCAUUCCCCUCUCUCUAUCUCCCUCUUUUCCACUCUGUCCUUUCCAUUAAAGGCAAAAUAGAAAGUUUGACUGCUUCAUUUGAAUCCAACACUUGCAGUGUUAGUUAGUUUGAGCUCUAUAAGGAAAAAAUAGCAGCUACUGAUCUGUAGCUGGAACUGACCUUAAGGUGUUAAUUUUAAUGCAAGCUAUUAAAAUUCAUGCAAAUCAUCAGUAUUGAGAAGCUUAUACUGAAUACAUUUUCACUGUCAGUAUUUCAGGAGAAAUAAAUGUUGAUUUCUCAAAAUAGUUGCUAAUCAGAAGACUUUAAAUAGACAUUUCAGCUGUAAGGAAAACACCUUUGUCUUUGGUCUUGGGUCUAUCCUGGUAGUUUUGUAUUGUUUUUAUUAGCAGUGGCUGAAAUUCAGUUUGUAAGUGAAUCCAAUGCUACAGUCUCUAUAAUCUCCUUCCACUCAUUUUUAAGAUUACCACAAAUGCUUUGCUGUCAUGUUCACAAUCAGGAUCAGCUGUAACAGAUUAGACCACGGGAAAAACAAAACAACCAUCUUGUGAAAUACCACACAUAGUUUCAUCAUUAUUCACACUUUACUGACCACGAUGUGAACUGUGAAACAAUUAAAUCAACAGUGUAGUAGCCUAAAGGAAUAUUGUAGUCAUCAGCAAAUGUAGUGUUGAGGAUUUCUGGUGUCCAAAGCAUGAUCAUGGGAAUAUAAUAAUCAAGGUUAACCAGUAAUUAUUGCAGUGCUGUGCUUAUUUUGAAAGGAAGCACCUGCUCCGCCCCUUUCUUUCUUCACCACCAAGAAUGUGAUCUGUCCCUUUCUUUGACACAGCCCUCACCUUUACUUCAUUAUUUAGUGCAAAAAGGUGGGGGAGUGCAAAGAAAUUGCAGAUUCUGCUAAAUGGCCAAACCGGGGGACUGCUGUAUCUUUGUCAUGCACAACAAACCAUCAUGCAGCCAUCGGUAGAAAGAAGACAGCAGGUAGAGGAGCAGGAGGUGGCAAGUAUGUGAAAUGUAGAGGGACUGGGUAAACACGACGAGCGACUGACUGCAGCAACAACCACACGUGUCAAGAAGCAUUGACAAGCUUAAGAUCAAUUCAAGGCCAAACAGCGAGUGGCGUUGACCUGUAUCUUAACGAUUUGAGCUUAAAGAGGUAAGAUGAAGGCUGGAAAAGGCAGAGUGACAGGCUAGAUCUACAAAGGUGAUCGAAUUAGAGCUCAGGUCCUUCAUUUUUAAAUACAGUGUAAAAAUACUACAUGUUUAAGUCUUGUUUACUAUUACAUUUGACUUUUUGUAAUAAUUAGUAUUAUUGCUGUCCAAUCAGAAAGACAGACAGGAUAUAUGUUUUUAUUAAAGGGAUAUUCCGUCGUAAAAAUAAGUUAGGGUCAAACAAACCGUAACAUCGAGUUAGACACCCCCUCGAGAGAUGAAUGUUGCUGACCGCUUGCUUCUCGAGUCAUACCAACUUUGAUAACGACCACAGGAUAGCAAUACACAGUGGUCUGAGGAGCCAUAAACAAACCUCAACCAAAACACCACUCUAUAGCCACAAAUAAUGCUCAGAACAGCACCUAACUUCAUCAACAGUACAUAUAGGGUCCCAGCCAUAGCACUAGCCACCAAACAUAAUUUUAACUUUGCCUGAUUUCUUUAGCAAAGAGACUAAACACAACUCACCUACUCUCAUCCAGCAGCCGCUUGUUUGUAGCGAGACCUUAGGUCAGUCUAUUAGAAACGGCUGUGGGGUGAUGCAGCUCAAGGAAGAACAUUUACGAUCAUUUCUUUAUCAGUUCCUUGAAGUAAUAAUCACCAUAUCAAUCAUUUUGCACUGCAGACGUGGUAGUUAUUGCAUUUCCAUGAAGAAAUGAUCAUAAAUGUUCUUCCUUGAGCUGUAGAUGUCACCUUUAUGAUGUCAAUAUCAAUCAAAAUAUUUGUGAUUUUGACCUUUGCCAUAAUAAUUAGCAGCCCUAAUUUGAAGUCACAAAGACAAAUGCACACACACACACACACAUUUAAGAAGACUAAUACUUACACACACACACACACACACACACACACACACACACACAGCAGAGAAGUGCAGUAGAUGGGCUCUAGCUUCAAUGGCCUGGUAUCUUUUUCCUGAUUGGGUGACACUAAGCUGCCAUCUCUGGUCCCAGCAGUGGAGUUAAUUCUAUGGAAAAUACUCAGUAGAUGCACUACAGGAGCGAAGUGGUGACAGACAAUCAAUAGAGAUCUACUGAUUAAGAUAUCACACUCUGCGAGACAUACGGGAUCCUGCACUCUGAGAUGACUAGCCCCUCAUUCACACUGCGUUCAAGCUUGUGCAUCCAAGUGUGUAUCUACAACACAUUUAGCUGUUUUUUUUUGACAUGCAACUGCUUUCACUUCCAACUAUGAUGCAAGUGAAGGGACAGAAAACUCAUGGUGUGAUUGUACGGCCUCGCUGAUGGCUCUUUCACAUCAGUUCAGAUCUUCAGCGUCAUUGGAAUCUAAAAUCUGACAACAAACUGUUUUCCGGCGCGAUCAAUCAAGAACAGGAAUCAACCCCAGCUUGAAGACUUCACUAAGCCUAAGCUUUAAGUCCACUUGGCAGAGAAACAAACACGGCACCUCAUUAAACUUGAAACUCCCAUGGCUGCCAUCACAGAGCUGAGCCUCAACGCCGCAGCGCUGAUGGAGAUCUCCAGAGCGUUGAUGUGGGAAGGCUCUAAUUGCUGCAUGGUAAUGUGGUGCCUCUGCAUUCCUGCUGUUUCGACAAUAAUCCAAUCGGCACAGUGUUGUUUGUGGUGUGAGGAGGUUUGACUUAUGCUCGGUAAAAGUGCCGUAUUGAUUCACUCAUUAUUAAAACCGCACCGGAUCGGCUUGUAGGCACUGAAUGAUGACAGUCUGCUGUUUGCACAUGCUUUUCCUGCUCCUCUAUAGCAGUCUCACUCCGUCUCUUGCUGUCACUCACACACAAUUGUGUGAAUGAAUUUGGCUAUCACAAGUGAUGACUCCUCACUCUGCCUCUUCUGUUCCAUUUCCUCCCUCCUCCUCCUACUUCCUCUGAUACACUUUGUAGCCCCUAAUCAGCCGUCUUUUUCUGUCCAGUCCUUUUUAUGAGCUUUUUCCUUUCCUUCCUGCCUUUUCUCUCUCAAGUGCCCCAUUGGCUCUGUUGACCUCUUUCCUAACUCCUUCUCUCCCCCCUCUCUCUCUCUCUCUCUCUCUAUCUCUCUCUCUUUCCCUAUCCCACUCUCUCACUUUCUCUCUCUCUGUGCCUGCAGGUACCACCAGGCAGCCUAAGGAGGGGGAGGUGCCGGGGGUGGACUACAACUUUGUGAGUGUGGAGCGUUUUAUGGAACUGGAGCAAAGUGGAGCACUGCUAGAGAGUGGAACCUAUGAAGGUGAGUGUCGGGAGCGCUGUGCAGGAAAACAUUUUCCAUCUGUGAGACGAGCACAGGCGCUCGGGGAGCAAAAACAGGGAACAUAUGUUUCAGAAGAGCAAUUUAGCUAUUUUUAAAUGUCUUCUCUUGCUUCUGUGUACAUGUCCUUUCUUGAUGGAUCAGGAGUGUCAGGUGAUGCUCUUACACAAAGCUUAAGUAAACAAAAUGAGUCUGAUCCACUGAGUCAUGUAUUAAAGCUUUUUCUGGUGGUCGUUGAGCAGCUGGUUAACUACUUUCACUGUGUGAGAGAGAGAGGGAGAGAGCUAGACAGAGUGAGAGAGAGAGAGAGAGAGAGAGAAGGGGAGACAGAAACAGAAAGAGAGAGCUGAAUAACUGGAGUAAAGCCAUUUCCAAGUCAUGUCAAGUCUGUGCAUCUGCUUUGGUGCACUGUCAGAGAUAAAUCUACAGAUGGAGGAUUUGCUGGUCCAUUUGCCCAGUAGCAUUUUUUGUGAGCAUGUACAGCUGAACACUCUCACACAAAUUAUGUGUGCAAAUGCAUGCCUGUGUGGUGUGUGAGCGGUUGUGUAUGAAUUUAAGUGUAGAGUGUACACUUGUUUUAAGUUUUAAUGUUUUUUGCAGCCCACGUUUCCUUUAGCAAAGAUCUUACUCAUGCGCAUUGGACCAAAGCUGUGUCCUUCUGGGGGGCUUUAAAUGGAGUGUUGCAGAUACAGAUGAUUUUGCUUUGGAUUGAAGUGGAAAAGAAGGAGAAGAAUGGCUGAUAAAUACAGCAAGUAAGACGACGGACUACAGACGACAGUGAAAGAGAGCGAAAACUGUACAUGAGGCGUCAUCUGGAAACUUUUUGAGUUAACUGAAGAGUGUACGACAAGGCUUAGUGCACGUAAGACCCUUUUGUAUAUGACGCCAUGAGAUGAGUCACAGCUGAAGAUGGAUGCUGAACGGUGCAUAAUGCAGAGAUGGCUGCAGGCUAAACCAAAGGCAUGAGGGCAAGGUUGCGCCUUUUAAACCCAGUUUAUUACAUCAAGAGGAAUGCUAUCUAUGUUUUUCACACUAUCAACGGUGGGUAUGAUUUCACGAUGAAUCUUUAUGAUACACCAUACGCUUACAUGUGCACAUUUAUAUAUGUUUAGCCUGUUUUGUAGACAGUGGAGUUAGUUAUCUUACUGAUAAAGUGGCGGCUGUAAUAGAAGCUUUCCGAAUGUCUUGGAGUCUCAAACUGAUGUCUGUGGACUCUUUACAGCUGAUCCUCUUAUUGUCCUGUAUCACUGCCUCCUGCCCUCUUCUUUGCUCAGUUGUUGCCUGUAUCUCCUCAUAUCCUCCUCGUUGUGAAAGCUCCACUCCUCGCUACUUAAAGCGAUAAUAAAAUGAGACAUCUCUGCCUCUCACUCACAUUCAAUAUUUAAUCAGAAAAUAUACUCUCUGACAGCGAGGGCUUUAGGAUUCAAAUAAAAAUUGAGCUUUUAUAAGAAAACAUCAGGAGGAAAGAAUUUGCUAAGUCAACUAUACCGUGUAUAACCCUCGCUGAAAUGAUGAGAGAUUGUGAUAAUUAAAAGUUGUAGCAAACCCUGAAAUCUCUUUGGUCUCAGAUGAGGGAGUUUAUUAUGACAUCUUGAGAACAUUUCUAACUCUAGUAAAACGGCUUUUAUGUGUUGUCCUUUUCUCCCUCUCUCAGCUUGACUAGAAUUGAGCCUCUCGCUGAUAAUUUUAUCACCAGAACCCUUAUAGCGAGUGUGGGGUGACAGACGUCUAAAUCAUUUUAGUGUUUUGCUUUUACUCCUGUGCUUUUGCCCCAACCGAGGUACUUGUACCUGCAGUGAAAGAACCAUGCAGCUUUGGUUGUUUUUCACCAGAUUAGGUUGUUUUGUCAAUUUUGGGUAUCCACUUUAUCAUAAAACACAUAUUUAUCCACCUGCAGGGCUAAUCCAUGCAGAUAUAUCUAGCCUAAUACAAGCUCUUGGACUUCUUUAAGCUCAUUAACCUCCUGAGUUCCUCUGUUAUAUUUACAACACGUUCUUUGUUUAAGGAUAAGAUUUUAAUUCCCUACCAUGAAGUUAUCAUAUUUUCUGCCUUGUAAGGCUGAUAUUUAUAGGGUAUUGACUCUUUUACUGUAUUAGAAGUUGUGAAUAACAGUAUUGACACAUGCAUGCACUCAGGUUUUAACUGAAUGCAACCAAAGGCGGCGCACAAAUAAUAGACUUUCUCAGAACCUUGAGGUUGUAGCUUGAACUGUAGCACAGUUAUUAUGAUGUUCUUUGGUAGGGUUUUUGUGCAUCAUUAAGCCGAGAAAGCAUAGUGACAGAGUAUUCUCAAGUCCCAAAGCACUAAUUUAUCUUACAAAGGGACACAGUCUGUCCUUGGAGAUGUAUUUAAAGAGCUGUUAUAUUUGGAGUUGUGCUGUGUUUUACUUUCUGCUGUAGAAGAUGCAAAUAAGCUGAUGUGAAGAUUUACUGUACACUUCAGUGUCACGCCUGCCUGAAGCCACAGUGAUGUUUUCAGAGGAGCCAGAUACAUUAGAAACAACAGGUUAAGGCUUUAAAGGAUGGUAGCACAAGUUUCCAUACAUAAACAUUUGUGCAUUUUAAAUAGCAAUAAUCUACCCACUGUGCAUUUUUGGUCUAAAAGAGGUCUAAUAGACGUCUAAAUGUAGCCUAGACAGCUGGUCUAAAAUCAGGCUACCACAGGUUUAAAAAUGAAAGUUUUUUAGACGCCUAAAUUUAGACCAAGUUUAGACCAAGUCUAAAUCUGGGCUAUAUCUAUCCUACACUGUAUAUUGCUCAACAGCUAUCAUAAUUAUUUUGGUGAAGCACUUUGAGAUCAGUUAUGCAACUCACAGUUGCUUUUUCAAAUAAAUACUUAUCGAACAAUGGGUUAAAAUGCAACGUCUGAAUUUCAUCUAAAAAUAUACAGAAUCUAGAUGAUUAAAAUUAGGUCUGAAAAAAAAAAACUAGACGUCUAAUAGCCGUCUAUUGCUCAGUGGGUGCGUGCAUGAGCUGAAAACCAAAACUCUGCCCCCUGCAUGUUCUGGUCCCUCAGCUAAGAUCCUCUCUUUGUCAUACAUGUCCUAUUAGACAACUUCUACGGCACACCAAAACCUCCAGCGGAGCCGUCCCCCGCAGCACCUCCUCUGAAUGUAAGUGAGGCCCUGCUGCCUGGAGCCCGGCCCAGCGCCCAGGGCAAGAGGAAGAGGAACCAGUCAGUCAGCAACAUGGAGCAGCGUGCCAGCCUGGAACCUCCUGAGGAGGAAGAAGAGGAGAGCCCGGUCGUCAACGGCAACGGAGUGGCCAUCACGCCAGGUAAAAGACGAAUAAAACAUCAAUUUGCUCUUUUAAUGCUUUACAACAAAAUUUGUAUCUAUUAUCAGUAGAAAUCAAAUCCAAGCACGGUCUGUUUUUAAAGUGACAGGAUGGUGGAGAUGUUUCAUGAGUGGGAAGAAAAUCUGGUUUGAACAGUCUCUUGGGUUAUUUAUUGCUGCCUCACUGUCAUGAUUGAAAUACAGCAGAGGUACAAUUCAGUCCAGGGAUACAUCUAAUUUGAUUCCCUUUAGUCCAGAUUCAUUUCAGCUGUAUAAAUAUAUCGACCCGCCGCUGCAUAAAUACUACAUCUCUGACAGCACACUGUACCCUUACCAGUCAUUUUAGACAUUAACACACAUACUCACACGAGUCUGAACUGUGUCCAUUCAAAGUAACCCUAUCAAAUCUAAUGCACAAGGGCACCUUAAUGUUUGCUUUAUUAUCACUGCCUGGAGUCUGAUUUUGGCCUUAGCUCUCGUCUCUCUGUCCUCUCAUUCCUCCAUCUCUUCUGCUGUCGUUCCUCUCCUGCCACUGGCCUUUGUCCUUGUUUCUAUUUAUACCCCAACUCCCCCAUCUCUCCUCCUCCUUUCUACUAUCCUCUUUCUUCUGACCCCUCGUGCUUUCCCUUCUUCUCUGCAGUCCUUUCCCGUCUGCCCUCUCCUGUUUAUCCUCCUUCGCCUUUUUUCUCUCUGUAGUCCGUGUUGACAAUCAUGCCACAUUAAUCAGCCUCAUGCUGAUACAGUUAUUUGCUUUAAGACUUGAGUAAUAGGAAAAGGACAGUAAUCCCUACAUCCAAGUGUUGCACAUGCUUUAGGUAUCGCAAAGAGCAAUAAAUAUCAGAUGCUGCAGCCAUGGAGAGAAUGAGGGGCGAGGGAUUAUCAAGAGACAGCUGAAAUUUGCUUUGUUACCCGAUUUCACAAACAAAGAAAAAAAAUUUAACUAUAGGAAAAUUCUGGUGAAUGUUAAAAUAACUGGAACCUUUUUUUUAAUUUGUUGCUUAAAGCCUCAAAAAGCUCACUGUGGGACCUUGUCUUUUUGAUGUUUAUCUGACCUCCGUGUGUUUUGACACUUUGAUAAACUAUCUGCAAAGUCUGUCUGCUGUAUUUUUUAUCUCUUUUUUCUGAAAUACAUUCAUUUGAUCCAUUGACUUGUUUUAUCCACCAGCUUUCCCUUCACUCUUCAAAACUUUUCCUCGUAUAUCUGAUUCAGUCUCUGACCCUUAAGUCUCUGUCUUUUUCCCGUUUCUCCUUUUGUGACAUCCGCACGUUGUUUUCUCCUCAUGUUUAAUGUCCUCAAAGCCCAUCUCUCUCUCUCUCUCUCUUUCUCUCCCUCGCUGUCCCUCUCUCUCUCUCUCUCUCCUGGGGGUUGAUAGCUCUGCAGUGGCUUGGCUCUGACUCAUCAUGCAUGGCGUGUGUGGUGUGCAUCCAGGUCUGUAUGUGUGCACAUAGUGUAUGUGAAAAUAACUGUUUGUUUCUGUGUGUGUGUGUGUGUGUGUGUGUGUGUGUGUGUGUGUGGGUUUGUGUGUUUGCUCCACAGAGUCCAGUGAGCAUGAGGACAAGAGCACAGAUGCCUCUGGGGAGGUUGCUGUUGACGCCUCCAUCCUACCCCCACCAUCCGAUGAGCCCCCCACAGAAGGAGAGGAGGCCCCGAAAUCUCCCUCAGAAUCCCCCGCUAAAGUCCCAGACGCGAACGAAGAGGAGCUGGGUCCUCUCCCCGACAACUGGGAGAUGGCCUACACUGAGAAGGGGGAGGUCUACUUCAUAGAGUAAGGCCCAAAGAUUCUGUAUGGAUACCUGUUUGAGAUCUUUAAAGUGCAAAAAUGGGAUUUAGUUCUGAAAAACACGGUUAUUCAGGGACCUAACAUUUCUGAGGUGAAUAUAAACAUCAUGCUUCAAAACAUAAAAAAUCCAAUCCUAUGAAAUACACUCUAUGGAAGCUCUCCUGCUUUAAAAAAACUAGUUUAUGUAGAGCUGAGUGUGUAAACUUUACUGCACCCGCCUCUGUUUGAAUAAUUGAUGAAACUUAUUGCUUCAAUUUAGCUGCGCACACAGGAUACACACACACACACACACACACACACAUUCAGGCCUUUGAGUGCUUUUGCCCUAUCUACUCACCCUUAUUAAUUAAUGGCUGAAGGCUAAUGAGAGGAUAAAUGACCACUUAGUUUACCUUAGAAACCCCCUUGUUUCUCUUGCACCAACACACUCAGAGACAAACACACUCUCUCUCUCUCUCUCUCUCUCUCUCUCGACAGCACACCUCACUGGUGUCACUUUGCACUUCUCCUUCUAUUAUCCUCUCUAUCAGUCCCCUCUGACCUCAGUUUGAUCCUUUCCCUUCCUCGCGCCCUCAUCCACACGUCUCUUACUUCUCCUACAGUCACAACACCAAAACUACAUCGUGGCUGGAUCCUCGGCUCGCAAAAAAGGCAAAGCCGCCCGAAGAAUGCAGCGAAGACGGUGAGUUGAAACCAUUGGUUUACUUGUGUUGUAAGCAUUAGUUUGUGUUCAUCUCUAAUUCUUUGUGCGAGAGUGUUAUCUCUGCGUCUCCCGUUGUUUGUACCUGUGUUGUUUUCUGUCUCUGACUCUGUGUUGCAGUUUUUUUCUUUCUCCCUGAGAUAAAAGCAUAAAUUAUAUUGUUGUAGUUGUUUACCAUCGUGCUGCUGGUCUCGCCGUUCUCAGCAGGUUUCAGAGGAAUAAUUAAGGUCAUGUCAUUAAUUAAAUUAACUAAUUUACUAUAAAAUAAUUAGUUAUUAAUUUCAAUCUAAUCAUCAAAAGGUAGGGGUGCUGAUUUUCUUCUUAAAUUGAGUUAACUCAUUACCCUUUUCCUUGUAAGCCCUUUAGUUUUCAAGUUUUCCAUUUAACUUUGUUAUUCACCUGAUUUUUGGUGCAUUUUUACAAAGAAGCAGCUUUGAUCAGCUCACCUUGCUAAAAACGUGUCCACACCUUUGGACUCUCACUGAGUUUAUACGUAGACUUACCUUUCAUGCUUUCUGCUUCCAUGUAGCAGGAUCUCUGUGGUACGAAAGAAGAUUAGGGCUACAACAAGAGAAAAAAAUAAUUACAGGAGGGAGAUUUCUUUUAAUUUCCAUUUCAAAAUGAAAGUCAAAAUUUCGAGAUUAAAGUUGAAAUUUUAAAAAGUUGAAAUGAGAUGCCGUAGCCCAUGGCUUAAAUUUGUCAUAGCCAUCCAUGUGCCAGAGCGCAUUGGGUCCUCGACUUCGUUAAUGCCUGUGCCUCAGACGCUGUGCUCAUCUGUGACUUCAGGAUUAAACAACUUGAUCAGCUGUCUUAUUGUAUCUUGCGAUACUACAUAUAGCCUCGCUGUAUAGCACACAGGUGUAACCAUCGAUAACCCUGCAUCUGCAUCAUACUCUUCGGCACAGACUUUUCAGAGUUUAAAUACUUAUGGCGACACUGUGUUUGUAUAUUAAAAGAGCAAGCAUUUCCUUGUUACUAAAUCCAAUUCUAAAGUACAGCUUUACAAACUGUUGAGGACAUGCUGUCGAGUGACAAUGCUGUUGAAUUAUUAUGAUUAAGCUUAACAGUACAGCUGUAUUCAUGAAAUUUAAUCUUUAUCUGCAUCAACUUCAAUCUUGAAAUUUUGAUUAAAUUGAUGAAAUUUCAACUUUAUUCCUGUCGACUUCAAUCUCGAAAUUUCGACAUAAUCUCGUUACUGUAAUUGUUUUUUUUUUCUCUCUAUAUGGCCCUAAUCCUCUUUCAUACUAUGGCCUGUCCAGUUUCCUCAUCAGUUGUAUGCUUUAAAAAAAGAGUCAAAAAUGUUUGUGAGCACUUUAUUAAUGGUGAAGCUGAAACUCGACAGUUAGCAUAAUGUACUUUAUGCCAAAGCAAAUGUCACUCUCUGCAUAUUAGUACAGGAUAUUUUAGUCCAGGGUAUUUGGCUGUCAACAAUCCCAUGAAACAAUCUUAGAGUUUUUCUCUUUACUAAUAUUUGGCAUGUGUUUAGCACACCCAUUUUCCUUUUUUAAAAGUGCACUUAUACAUACACUGAUCACCAAAUCCCUGUGACUUCCCCAGUGUUGUAUAGCCCUCCCCCCCUCAUCUGUUCAGGUUCAAACCUGACCCGAUGAGACACAGACUCCACUAAACACCCAAAGGUGUGGUUGAGUUUCUGGCAUUACCAGCAGAUCCUUUAAGUCUUGGAAGUUGUGAGGUUAAUCGGACUUCGUUUCCCAGCACAUCCCACACGUGUCCAGUUGGAUUGAUUUCAGGGGGAUUUGCAAAGUUGACACUGUUGAUUUCCUCCAGGCCACCUUCAACUGUUUCUCUGUGGUCAGUUCAGGCAUUUCUUCCCUUCCUUUGACUGUGACAGUAAUAUAAGAACCGAAGAUUUGAAUCUUUCUUUAAAAGGUAAUGUAGGGCAAACCUAUUCGGUAUAGCAGAAUAUGUUUUUAUGUUUCAUCAUCUUGUGGCACUGAUGAUAAAUUUCUCGACCCUCUUAUGAUGUUCCACUUGCUGUGACGAUUAUUAGUGUAGCAGCAGGACGAUGUCUCAAGGACUGAAUGGCCUAUUUAUUUGUUUUUAAGAGUUUAUGGAGUCCAAGGUUGGCUGAUAAAAAGAUCACUAUACAUUAACGGUACUUGUCUGCAGCUUAAAUUGGUAAUUUUGAGUUUUCUGUGACACACCAUUUUGACAACCACAAAUAAAGAUUAAGUGACUCCUGAUAACCAACAGUGGAUGAUUACAGUUCAGUGCUUCUGUCAGUCGUGUAAAUGGAAAACAGUUCCUGUGAUGAUCAUCUGUGAUCACAUAAAAAAUCAAUCCGUUGAUCUGACAUUGCAGCUGUUGCUGUCACAGACUGUGGGCAGUGAUUUGGACUGUGAUGAGAUUCAACGGAGCAAGAUCUGAAGCAAUACGUCUUUCUACCUCCUUUAGUUCUUCAGCUCUUUCUGUAUUCCCGUCUUGCAUUCCUUCACAUCACAUCUCUCUUUCCCUCUCUCUCUCUUCCCUUUCGAUCUCCCGCUCUUAAAUCUCUCUCUUAUUUUUCUUCCACCUUAUUCCACGUUUCUUCCUCUCUUCCUUCGCCCAGCAAGGGCCAAACUGUGACAGGAAUCCUAAUAACAUUGCUCAGCUCUGCACAAACUGGUUUUCACUUUGUGUACACACACCCACAGACACACACACGCAUGACUGUUGUCAGUCCACAAACCACUAUCACAACCGUAGCAGAUGCACUUCACCCUUGUCUUGGCAAAAAUCAAACUCCCUACCAUCAGGGAUGUUCAUACGCCAAGUUUCUGUUGACUGUGUCACUCUUUGAUGACUUACUUUGUGCUCUAAUGUGGAGUCUGUACUUCUGUUUCUUCCUCUUUCAGUUUUUAAUUUCUGUGUCUGGGUUUUUUAAAACCACAGGAUUGUUUUAGACAUGGCAGCAGGAGUCAGACCUUCACCUCACGAUCAGUCUACAGUUCCUAUCGUCACAGGACUGUGGGUAUUACUGACAUUAUAUUCAAACCUUGCAAGUUUGGCACUCAUCUGAGAUAAUUCUUACAAAUUCACAUUCAUUUUUACUUCUGUUUGUCACAUAGCAGACUUCUGGCUUAUAGGCUUGAGCCUAUAAGCUCUCACAGGUGUGGAUUUCAAGUGUAAGAAAAGCGACUGCCACAUUUAAGAGCACAUUUAACCUCCAGGUUGUUAGUUUUUGCGAGUAAACCCUGUUUGAUGUUCUCUGGUCUAAUGACAUAAUGCAGUGUGCAGCACUAAACUGUGCCUCUCUUAUCAGAUCUCUGCUGAACUUUUGUGUUACAGAAGCUCAAUAACUCGUCUGAACUAGUGCCAAUGCUACCUAAUGAUAGCCUGUAAAACGACAUUAAAGCCGAUUGAAACAGUCUAAGCCCUGAAGUAUUGGAUAAAAAAACAAAAACAUACCAUCACUGUCAUAUAUUAAAAAAACAUGAGCGCCUAAGCUGGGACAACACUGUUAAACACACCAACGCUGUCUUGAUUUACAAAAUCUUCCAUGGCAAAGCACCCCCUCCAUUACAAGAAUUUGUUAAAAAAAAAAACCUCAAACAGGUCAAUAAGAGCUGGUUCAAGAGGUGACUGUGCAGUUCCUUUUAGAAAGAGUGCCUUUAGUCAAGCCUCUUUUUCUGUUCGUGCUUCUCACACCUGGAAUUCAAUACCAAACACAAUACGUGAACUCCCGACUCUGACCUCUUUUACCAAACAUCUUAAAGCUUGGCUAUUGGAAGAACAACACUGUUGCCACAACCGUGCCUGAACAUGUAUAUUUGUUUAAUGCUAGCUAAUUGUUGGGGUACCAUCCACAAUUUCUACAGAGUACAUACAUAAACAUCACUGCUUUAUUAUUAUUACUACUACUACUCCCUCUUCCCCAUUAAUAUUUUUAAUGUUUAUUAUAUCUUUAUUUACUUUUUAGGCAUUAGGGCCACAUGCAAGGCAUGCGCUUUAUAUUCUGAGUAUUGUGCAUUCAAAAUAGCACUUUACAUUUACUGUGCAAUCGGGCAAUCUGCAAUAUAAUUACGCACCUAACACUUUAACACUUCAGCACUCUGCACUUUAAUCAGCCCUUUGAUAGCUAAUUUUAGCAUUUAAUGCUAGUGAAAUACAUAUGGUCCUCUGACCCUUGGCCUGUAUGUUUCAUGAUCCACUAUACUUUUCAUUGUUCUUGCUUUUAUUUUUCAUUCUCUGUCCCAUUGUGUUUUCAAAGACCCGUUUUCCCUCUCUGUAAUUACUCCCCCUGCUCAUACUGGCCAUGAAGGCUAACUGUUCUACUUGUUGUUACUGUAGUUUUAUUGAUUUUAUUAUCUUAUGUUGUUGACAUCAACCUGCCGAAGGGACUAAAGCUGGAAAUUAGCCGUUGGCUACAAUCUUGCAUAUUUACAUGUAUAUGUUCAUCAAUAUGUAUUGUCCCUGGUUUAAAUAAACUCAAACUCAGUGGUGCUGUUUAGUACCUACAGUACAUAUAAUGCUCAUGCAAACAGAACCUUGAUAAACAUUUCCUUUACAGAUUCAUUUAAUAAUGCUAUUGUUUGAACUGCAGCGAUAUAGUUGAGUUGUUUGAGUAAAGAUUUUGUCAGUUCAGUGUUUUCCCUUUUAAAAAGUGUUGAGCAACAGCAUGUUUAAAAAUUAGUCACAUUUAAAGACUGAAUAUUUCUCAGUGGCAAUGAGGACCUGUGCCAGACAGAGGCGAAACAUCCCUCUAGCGUUCUCUGUGCUUUUAUCCAUCGAUGUUUUUAACCAGUUCUCUGCUGUUUAUCUGCUCUGUAAAACUGAUGUGGUUUAUUUUCUCCCUUUUAUCCCCGCCUGUUUUUAUCUGUAGGGAAGCAGUAGUAAAAAGAUGUUAAUACUGAGGUGAUUGCCACUGGCAAAGGAUUUUAAAUCAAAGACCGUGAGCAGACUGUUGUGAAAGUCCUGGAUGACACAUCACAUCCUUUCACAGCACCUUUGAAUUAAUUCCUUCCAGAAACAGCUUUAGUUGGCAGUAAAUGUUUUUUUUUUUGUAUAAUCAGCUCAGCAGCCUCAUGGAUGACAGGAGGAUGGAACCUAGCAUUAUGCUUCCUUUCUCCCUUUUCUUUACUGGUCACUCUGGGGUCCUAAGGCUCUUUUGUGUGAGCUUGACUUUGUUUUGACUCCUCCAUUAUUGCCUCAUUUUAAAGAAUGAACAUGUGGUUCAAACCCUCACUCUUAUAGUCCAAUUCAGUAACUAUCUCCUCUGAGCUGGCUGUCUUUUCUAACUGUGUGCCUAAAAACCUAGGUGUUUUUACUCACUGCUGCCGGCUCUGGAAGUGUGAGACACACAAACUGGCCACAUAAAUGGGCUCUUUAUUGAUCUGUAACAGGUAGCUUUCCUGAACUCUACUCUAACCUAUAACUCUACCAGCUAUGCCCCACUUCACAGCAGUAAACAGAACAACAUUAGUACAGCAAUACAAAUGUCUGUUCCUACUGAGGAUAACUUUUGAGCACAGCUCCAGAUGCUCCAGACCUCUUUAAGUAUCUUGUGAUUACCAUAAGCCUCGAACCUUUUCAAGACGUAAAUGUCAGAAAUGUUUCUCCCUGCUUUGGUGUGUAGGGUGAGCAGUUUUGAAUGUUUCAGUUUUUUAAUGUUUAAUUGAGAAAAAGUCAGUGUCAGAAUGGUGAGUAAAUAAAAAACAAAUAUGGGGAAGGAUUUUAACGGACCUUCCACCUGAAGGACUUCCCAAAGUUUCACUGCAUCGGACAGGAAGGAAGCAAACAUUCAGACAUCCUUUCGUCAGAGCUGCCUCUUUCUUCCCCCUUCCCUUUGCUUCUAUUUGAUCAUCUGUGUUACUCCUGCUACUCUUUCCUUCAGUACUUAAUACCCUCAUUCACUAUUCCCUUUGCCCUCGGCCCCAUGCUGUGUUUCUGGGUGAAUUUGAGGAGAGGCUUAUUUGUGUUGCUGUGCCGCUGCAAGUACUUCUGUGUACAUUGUAUUGUAACUAUAUGCUGUGACUGACUCCCGUAGUUCAAAGGCUCGUCACCACAGAUCUGGUUUGCUUGCAGUCUUUUUGUCAAACGAGUGUUUUGUUAUGUUACACAAGGCCGUAUCUCCUCUCUCGCUCUGAAGAGGCAAGAAAAGAGUGAGAGAAGCUUUAAAUGUUGGUUUCUGUUCUUGUUUUGAUUCACAUUCAAUCCCAGCAGCAGUCUGAGGUUAUUUUCUCUGCUGCUCAAGUACAUAUGCCCAAACGAAUGUAGAGGCAAUAAUCUAGCAGGUGAAAUUAGAAAGGAUAUUAAUGAAAAAUGAUCUCAGAGGAAGUCACGAUGAUGUGCAGAGAGUUGCCAGUUUUCUUUUUGAAUAGAGAUAAAUAGAGAUGGAGAGAUGUUUGCACAUAAGGAGAGUUAAAUAAAGCUCGUCCUCUGGUGGAUGUGAUGGACUUGUGCUAAAACAUUGCCUCUGAGUUACAUCACUGUUCAUACACUCGUUCAUGUCUGGCCUUUCUCCGUCUGUUUCUCACGUCCUUUUCCUCUGUUUCUCCCCUUCUUUGGAUUUCCUGUCUGUGCUUGUUUCAUCCAAAUGACAAAUUCUCUUAACAUGAAUUCUCAUAACAGUCAUGGUUCACUAAUACUAACAUAGUAACACACUAAACUAAGAGGAUGAACAUUGCUGACAUCCAACAUUAGAUAUCAGUGUUGGCUUUGGAACAGGGCUGCUGAAUUAUCACAGCUGUUUUGACUGAUAUUGAGAUCAUGAUCCCACUGAGCAUUUUUUGGACUGAAAGAGGUCUAAUAGAUGUCUAAAUGUAGCCUAGACUGGAUGACUGGUCUAAAAUCAGGCUACCACAGGUCUAAAAAUAAAAGUUUUUUAGACGUCUAAAUCUAGACCGAGUUUAGACCAAGUCUAAAUCUGGGCUAUAUCUAUCCUACACUGUAUAUUGCUCAACGGCUAUCAUAAUUAUUUUGGUUAAGUACUUGGAGAUCAGUUAUACAACUCACAGUUGCUUUUUGAAAAAAGAGUUAUUGAAUAAUAGGUUAAAGUGCAACGUCUAAAUUCUAUCCAAAAAUAUACAGAAUCUAGAUGGUUGAAAUUAGGUCUAAUAAAACUAGACGUCUUAUAGCCGUCUAUUGUUCUUUCAAACUGAAGCGCUGUAAACUCUUUGAAAACAUUAAUAGUUAAUAAUAAAAAUUUAAUAAUCAUUGUCUGUUUUUCUUUAUUUACUAUUUACCAAAGCAUACCUGUCUGUCUAACUGUACAUUAGGACUGUAUUUCAUUAUGAUAUGAACCAGUGCCAGUGUUUAGCCUGUUUUUGGCUUAUUAUCUCCCUGUCUCACCACAUAAAUGCCUCCUCCUGCUCCUCUCCCUGCUCUCCUCCCUCCACUGGCGGCUGCAUAUAUAAUAGUUCGUACUGCUGUAGGCAUGUUAAAGAGACAGCAGUUCACGAGUAACCUCAGUGGCCAAGAAAACAAAAAAAGUGCAGCAUGUUAUUCAUGUCAUCUUGAUGAAGAUAUUUUCAUGAUCAUUUGGGGCCAUAUUCAUUAUAUUUGAGACUUCCUAAGCCAAAUGGUUGAUGAGUUUAUUGAGGGUAUCUGAGAGUAGAUAAAAACAAUUUGUUGGAGACUUUAAUUAAGACACUUCAGGUAUUUCUGAGCAGCAUCACAAAGUUUUUGGGCUGGGUUUUGAGCCUUUUGCUGAGUUCAUGGCGAAUCCUUUCUUUCCUCUGUGGGUCAGAUGAGGAUAUCGUUUCUGUUCUUGGCUGCCUAUCAGAUAGGGAGUCAUUGUUUUUGAGGUUAGAUGAGUCAUCUAAUGCAGAGGAAUAACAAUAAGACUCAUGUCAAGCCAAGCACAAAUACAGAUUCUUAUGAACAAGCACCCCCACAAAAGCAAGUCCCUCUGUGCUCAUGUUAUAUACAUACACAUAAGGGAGCUGUUUGGUUUGUCAUCAGAUAUAUUUCACAUAUAUGCAAAAACACUUCAGCCAUGUUGUUCGCACACAUAGGGGCUCUUUUGAUCAAAUAAAAAGCACACACAGAAACACUUACUCUGAGUUUCAGCGGCAGGAUAUACAGACAAGAAAGAGCCCUUAGCCUAGGCGAGGGGAAAAAAAAGACUUCCACCGGUGGUUUCCAUGGCAACUGUCUCCCUUCCACUUCAGGGGGGAGGGCAAGCGUCUACCAGAUGAGUUAGGCCGACAUUUAAGGCGGCUCAUGGACAGGGUGGGAGGGAAUUUAAGGUAGUUUGAAGUGUGAAUCCAUCUGACUCUCUGCCACGAGACUAAGAAGGGUCAUGUGAGGUAAUGGCGCUGCAGUGCUGGCGGUUCAAGCAAACAGUAAAGUAGAGCUGUGAUAAUUGCAGCGUGCACCCUUCUCACCUUGAGCUGCAAAGUCAGCAUGCUCAGCGGCAGCCAGGACUCUCUCUCACACACACACAUAAACACACUCAUAAACACACACAUUCACACACAUAUUCGCACACGGAUUACUGACAUCUAAAUCACAAAAUCUGGUCAUAAUUACAUUACAGCGUGAGGCGAGGACGUCACAGCUUCAGUGUCACACAGACCGAAAAAUUGUAAAAAUAAUAGAGCUGGGGAUGUGUGUGUGUGUGUGUGUGUGUGUGUGUGUGUGUGUGUGUGUGUGUGUGUGUGUGUGUGUGUGUCCUUGCUUUAUCUGCAACUGUGAGUGCCUGAAUCUCACAAAAGGUUUGGGUAUCGCUUUGAACUAGAUAAAGUUUUUAGGUUCCUCUGCAUGUUGGCGUUGUAUGAUUUUGUGUGUCUGUAAUUUCCUUUUCAUAAUAACUAACGAAUAAAGAAAACUCGCCUAUCUCUAAUUACUCUAAAAUACUCUAAAAAUGGUGUGCAGUACUAAAAAAGCACCUUGAACAUCUCCUGACUAAGUAGAUUAGUUUAAGGCUAAUUUGCUAAAGGUUAAUAACACCACUAGGUGUUACAAAGAAGUACUAACAUCUGUAUCCACGACCUUAUUCUCCUCACCCAGCUCUCCUUUCCUGUAGUUAUAAGGCUCGGGGUCAAUUCAAGUGACACCUUUGAAUCCGUGUGUCACUUGUACUCCUGUGCUUGUGUCAAGUUUGCUUUAUUUCCCAGUGGAACGUUCCCACCUACGGACCUUGUCAUGAAUUUUAUGAAUUAGAGCCUUAACUGCAAGACAUGAGGAUGAAUAUUCUGAAGGAGGACGAUCAAUCUUUGUAGAAUAGCUGCUGAUGAAUGCUAAUUAGGUGCUGAUUCUCUAUAUUCCCUGUGUAUGUCUGAGUGGGAGGGGAACAGCUUGUGCGGAUGGGUUGUUACUGUAGAUGUGUGAGUGUUUUUAUAUAUUAGCUGUGUCGUAUAGUUUGAGGUCAGUUUUUUUCUUGAGAUCUUUGUAAAAGCUGUGUAUCAAAGUGUAAAAAAACUUGAAUUUUAUAUACACAAGCACAGGGAAACUGAAAAUACUGGAGAGCAUUUAUGGUGCAUAUAUUUGCUGCAAGUGUUGAAGAAAGUUCGCAGUGCCCUGACCCAGUUCUGUUACAAUGGAGAAGGAGCGCUAAAUCAGCAAAGUACUGGAUGAAGUGAGGUAGAAACAAAGAAAGCAGAGGAUGAAAGGAGAGGAGACAAUUAACACAACAGCAAUCAGGGGCAAAGAUGCUCAAGUACGGGUGAAGAAUUCAGAUGCAGCCUUGCAGAAGUAUGGUUAAAGUGAAGGCUGUGAAGGAUUUAUGCUCAAAUCUCUGCAAUCAUAAAAAAAGAGAAGACAGGAUGACAUGUCUUGGAUAGUUUCGAAUGCCCUUUCCUUUCACGUCCUGCUUUGUCUUGAUGUCUCUGUUGUGAUUCGUGUCUCCAUGAAGGAGAAGUCGCUGCAGAUCGAAGCGCUGUCUGUCUAUUAAAGGAGCACUUUGGGAGCAUCUCACUGUGAGCUCAGAGAUUCAUGUUGUCUCCCCUCACUGGUUCAAUUUAGUGUGUACUUUUCCUCUUCUGCUCUCAGAAUAAACUGACUUCAUUUCCCUUGUCUGUUUCUCCUUCCUCUCAGAGCUGCCCUAUGGCUGGGAGAAGAUAGAUGACCCCAUCUACGGCAGCUACUAUGUAGAGUAAGUCCGCCAGCUGAGACUUAGUAGCAAAGAAAUGCAGUUUGAUGCUCUACAUUAAUAUGUUUUAUUAAUAGAUAACUAUUUUCUGAGUGUUACUGCAGGUUUGACAACAUUGUACAUGAAUAGUUCUUGAGAACAUGCACUGUUUAGAGAUUUAACUGCACAAAAUUCAUGUCAUGUAUUGCAUCAAAACAUAUUUCUAGAUGCUUUUAAAUUUGGAAAUAUAACUGAAAGGACAUUUAAAGGACAUUUUUUUUUUGUUGAUCAAAGGAGAAACGCAAAAAUAUGAUUUAAACUUACCUGCAGUACGUGUUGUAGUAGAUCCAAGACAGACUGGGAUACAUUUUCCAUUGAUAAUUAUUAUUGAAUGAUCAUAAACACAAUGUAAGCUGCAUGGAUUCUCUAUAAUUCAAUAUGCAUUGUUAUUUUUCUCAUAUUUCUUUCACUGUUUGGGGAACUGUCUUUCAGGUUGCUGCAAGUUUAUGUUGUUAUAUACAUUUAUAUACAAUAGUUAUAUAGUUAUACACAACAGCCAACGCUGUGAGCUGGACUGUGCAUUUAUCCCUAACUUGCUGCUUAAUCCAUUGUUUGCGAUGCCUGUUUUUUUUUCUUUUUUCAGCCACAUUAACCGAAGAACUCAGUUUGAGAACCCAGUCCUGGAGGCCAAGAGACGUCUAGAGCAGCAGAGGCAGAUGCAGAGCCAGGGACUCUCAGCUCUACCACUGCCCACUAUAUACAGAGGUAGCCCACUUAUCAAACAGUGCAGAGAUGAAGUACAUAGGGACAUACACAAAGGGUUACACAACAUAAAAAUACAAGAACUGCAGCCUGGCUGGUGGCCUUUUCAUGCAAGCAACCAAUUAUCACUGAAACCCUUACAUUGAUAGAUAAAUUGCUGUUGUGAAGCGUCUUUAUUGUACACUGUGUACUUUAUCAUUGGUUGGUUAGUUUAUGUCAUACAGUAUCAUAGUUGUUCCAUGGGUACUGGACAAAUACACAAUGUCUCUACGCUCAGGGUUGAAUAAAGAUAAUCGUCAGAGCGUGGGACACAGAACAUCGUUGCCUUGAGGCAAUUAGGCUAACCCUGGUACGCAUACAGGGACAAACUUAACAAGUUGUUGUUCUGCUUUACCUGAGUAAAGAAUUAGGGCUUAUUUGUCUUUAUUCGUGUUUUUAUGAAGAAAGAAACGAUGAAAGUUCAAUCCUGUAUCAGUAAAACGGUUUUGCUGAACAAAACAAGCGUAAAGUCAAAUUGCAAGUGUCUGCAUGGAAAUUAGUUUAAUUUUUUUUCCAUGUCUUUACCUUCUGCCUGCAGAGAAGCCAUUGUUUACAAGGGACCCAACCCAGCUGAAGGGCACCUUCCUGUCAACAGCCCUGCAGAAGAGCAACAUGGGAUUUGGCUUCACAAUCAUAGGUGGGGAUGAGCCAGAUGAGUUCCUACAAGUGAAAAGUGUAAUACCCGAGGGACCUGCUGCUCAGGACGGAAAGAUGGACACAGGUACGUCACAAACAGAGAUCAUGAUGACUGGUUGGAAGGUUAUUAAAGUUUGACAAACUUACAAGUGUCACAACUGCAAUGCAAUAUUUAUCCAAAUACUACAGCACUGCCUCCUGAUAUCAUGAGCCAUCAUUUCCUACUACAGCAGACCAAGAACAAGGUCCUUUCACUGGCUGAGUUUCACUUUCAUUUAUCAGAUUGUUACACAUCUGUAAAGUAAAGUCUGUCAACAACUCGACCCAGAAGUUGGAGCAGCACAGAAAAGCGUAGGUGGGGUGUUAAUUUUGUGUAAAACAAUACCUGUACCUCCACCAACUCAGUAUUUUUUACUAUUAUCAGAAGUGCUAAAGUUAGUUUUGUGGCUUUAGCUGUCAGAGAAAACCUACACUGUAAGGAUGUUGCAAUCAAAAGUAUCGAUCAACUCAAUUAUUAACUGUUGUUGGUACAUUUGCUUCGCCCCCUUUUUUCCUUUCUUUGUUCCAGUUUUGUCGCCUUUGAGUGUCAAAGGUUUUAAAAGGUCAAAGGUCUUUCACAAGCACAUUUCCAGCACAGCUGAUGGAAAAAGUAAAUGAUGUCAACGAUGUGUACCUAAUUAAAAUGAUAGUCAGGAAAUUGUUGAAGCACAUAUUACAGAUGAAAUAACUUUGUCAUCGGUUCUUCGUGGCAUAUUAGGGAUGCCCUAUUUUUGUGCCUGUGGCACAGUGUGUCCCAGACAAGGACUUCAGAUUCCCCUCACCACAAUGUCUGUUCUCUCCGUGCACUUCAAUUUCCUGCUAUUAAUGGCAUUGAGAGAGACAGCUUUGAUUGACCAUAACUGACACCAACCCACACAGCACCUACUUCAUUAGGAGAUGCAUCGUCCCUGUUACAGCAGCAGUGGUCAAAACUGAUGAAAAAUGAGACCAGAUUGUUCUAUAUUUGUGUUCAUGUAGAUAAAAAGAGAACUGCAGGCGCCAGAGGUUAAUUCAGGGGUUGCUCAAGGUGUUUUUUUUCUUUUGUGGAUUGUUGUUCAUCUUUUGUGUUUGGAUGCAUUUUUUUUAAAGGGUUUGGGGUUCUGAGUUUUUUUUUUUUUUUACUUUGAUUUGAUUUAUUUAGCACAAGUUAAGAAAAAAAGUGCUAAUUAUCUCCUUUUUCAGGUCUUUUGGGGUCUUGGCCCUGACAAGUAGUCCAGGUUACAAAAAGACCUGAGCAACUAAGCUAAUAUGCCAGUAUGAAUAAACUGAAUAUGGAAAUAAAAAGCACAAUUAAAACCAAAGAACAUUUCAAAACUGCUAUGAACCUGGUAUAUACUGAACUUAUGUUAAUGUUAAGAAUUGAGUAAUUUAUUUUCAAUUAACAGGACGUCAGUUUUAUAAUUGGAAAGAUUGUAUUUGAUGUUAUUCCAACUUGUAAAAAGUUACUUUUUUUCCUAUUUUAGUACAACUAUUUACUUCUGGUUAUAUUCACUUAUGCCACGGGCUUAUUGUAAUUAUUGAAGAGUAAUUAAAUUAAAAUAUUCAUAAAAUAAAACAGGCAAAGAAAAAAUUAUUAAUUGCUUUUGGAGAGAAGAUAAACACACAAAAUGAUUAGAAACUGUAAAUCCUGUGUAUAUUAAAUGCCACAGAAACCAAGUAAUAAUAAUAAUAAUAAUAAUAAUAAUGAUAAUAAUAAUAAUAAUACAUUUUAUUUGGAGCGCCUUUCAUGUCACUCAAGGACACUUUACAGAACACAUAAAACAAUGAUAACAAAACACGAUUAACAAUUAAAAUCAUCAAUCAUCAAAACAGUUAAAAUCAACAAAAGUUAAAAUCAACAAAGCAGCAUAAACAACAGCAAAGGAAUAAAUAAAGAAGUAAAUAAUACCAGUUAAAAUUAGAUUAAAAGAGUGAGUUGGGGGUGGUGGGAUGGAUAGGCCAGUUUAAACAGGUGUGUCUUGAGUUUGGAUUUAAGUAAGUAAGUAACUACAAAGACAGGUCAAAUUCAUGACAGACUCUUUAAUCAACCUCAGUCAAAAUGUGUCGGCACUGAAGUAAGAAAGCUUUAAAUUAUGGCAGAGAGUUAACGUGGAUGACAAGAGUAAAAGUUGUCAUGACAGAAAGAUCCAGCUGAAACUGUACACAGCCAUGAGUGCAACAGUGCAAGUUUAGUUAAACCCUCUGAAAGAGAAGACAUCAUCAAGAUGAAAACUCCAGGGUCAGUAAAUACACAGAGGAAACGCAAGAGAAGAAAAGUGUAGUUUAGGUCUGACCUUAAAGAGCUGAUGUUGAGGGCCGUAUUCACAGACUCAGAGGAGGACCCACAGUAUAACGCUGAAUGUCAGCUCUGCUGUGAACCUGUGAGCUGGCCCCAUGCCUGGCAUUGUCUGUGCCUCAACAGCUCAUUCAGAGCUCAUUUCAGAGCAGGAAAUCCUCCUUCCUACUCUCUGCUUUUAUGUCACUCCUAUUACCUAUCAGUUUCCCUUUUAUCUGGAAUCCAUCCCUUUCUGUUUUAUCUCCAUCUCUCUCUUUGUCUCUCUGGCUCACCCUUUAUUACGCUUUCUUAUCUAACCUUGUCAUCUGACACUUCCCCUCUGCUUUCAGCCUCAGUAUAUUUUCAUCCUUUUUCUUUUUCUACCUCUCUAGUUUCUCCCUUCAUCCCUCUGCCCUGAUCCAUCAUCCUUUCCCUCCCUCUCUGUUCUGAUUCCUGGCUCGCUCCUCUCCGCUCUGUGACAUUGCCGGAGCUGCUCACGCACACGCAAGCACGCACACAUUCACAAUCGCACAUGCACGUGGUCACGGAGUGACACACAGUCUCUUCCUGCCUGAGAUUAGCUGGCCUAUUCGAGCUGUGUGGCAUUGCUCUGAGGGAUUGUGUAUGAUCGUGCAUGUGACAUGUGUGCCGUUUUUUUGUACGUGCACAUGCUCUUGGGUGUGUGCGUGUGCACGUGUGACAGAGAGUGCCUUCAGAAGUGUGAAAUAGAGGAUUUGAGGCAGCUGCAUUUGUCAUGGGGCUGUGACUUUAAAGCUUAAAUCCAUAACUUUCCGCACGUUCAAACUACAGCAGAGAUCACAGAGUAUAAAGUGUCGCAUUUGUAAGUAGUUUCACCUCGUUGUGAAAACAGGUUUUCAUGAAAAAUGUCAUGGAAAAAAGCCGGAAGAGUUACCAUGAAUGUAAGUCGAAGCACUGAAAAAAAAAGAUAGUAUAGUCCUCUCAGACCUAAAGUUAGAUGUGAAAUAAAAAAACUUUUUGAUGUUCGAGAUAUCGCAAUAAAAUGGCGGUCAUAUUCUUGGUUGCUGAGAUUUUUGACAAUACAUGUCACUUUUGAAGCUCAUGUUUGCACUUAAACCACCAAGACUGGGUCUCAUGUUGUCUGUGUAGUGUGUAGUGACUGUAACUGAAGCUGUGGUAUCCUUCCCCCUCAGGUGAUGUCAUUGUCUACAUUAAUGAUAUCUGCGUGCUCGGGACCACGCACGCCGAUGUCGUCAAACUUUUUCAGUCCGUGCCCAUUGGUCAGAGUGUCACCCUUGUACUCUGUCGAGGCUAUCCUCUGCCCUUUGACCCUGAGGACUCAAGCGCAGCAGCAAGCAGCUCCAUGACACCCAUUGGUCUGGAGCAUCGCCCCCUGGUGGUGAACGGCCGCACUAGUUACGACCCCUACCUGGAGUAUCUGUCUUUAAGUUCCCAGCUGCCCUCUCAGGCUCUGGGUCAGGCCUCACACCCUGGAGACACACAUCUAGAUGGCUCCUCCCUGCCGCCCACCACACCUGGUUCAGGAUCAGCACUCACACCUCAUGAUGACAAUGUGUCCAUGACUCCUUUAGGGGCUGCAGGGGUUGCUGGAGCCGCAGCACAAGCAGCAGAGCUUCUAACAGUUACUAUGGUGAAGGGUUCGGAAGGAUUCGGAUUCACCAUCGCAGACAGUCCCACUGGUCAGCGAGUAAAACAGGUAUUAUGAAAAACCAGAAAAAAAGGAGGGUUUUGAACUGUUUUUAUAAAUAUAUACUGAAUUUUGAUGCUUUUGUUUCAGUCAGCUGAAACAGAGGGGUGCAGUUAAGGAAAGCAAUGCAGUUCUGCAGGUGAACAAUAUGAGCUUAGCCAGUGGUGCAUUUGUCAUGUAGUUUACAAUCAUAAAGGGAAAGAGACAAGAAAGUCUUCAAAAAAAGAUGAAUAAGAGCCCUGGUUUGGCUCAGUUGGUAGAUCAGGUGCCCCAUGUACAGAGACUACAGCCCUUGCAGCUCUGGUCCCAACAUGAUGUAGUGAAUGUCACUUCUCCUCUCUCCCUCCAAAUUUCCUGUUUCUGUGACGCUCUUUUAUCCACUGAAGGUAAAAAAAAAAAAGAAAAAUCCCCAAAAAUCCCAAUGAAUCAUCAAACAAAUCCUGGAAAUGACAGAGACCUGAAACUUGUCCUCAUGUGAACCUGAUAGUGAAGAAUGGAUAAAACAGAGAGGAUGAGUUUCACUAUGACAGAUGUUAUUUUUAUUCCCCGUCGUAUUUGUACAGUAAACCAUCUGCACCACUGAAAUUAAACAUCUGUCUUUGUUUAAUGUUCAGCUUUCAAUACUUUUUGUUCUUUAACAAAUAAUUAAGUUCAACCAUUUAGCGAGGUGACGGCAGCUGUUAACUUUUUUUUUAAAAGUCCAUUUUUGUUUAAAUAUCUUUCAUGAGCUGAUUGGACACAGCUCAUUUGGCUGCUCAUUGGUUUUGACAGGAGCUCAAAUUCACAACCAAAUGUUAGGUAUUUUUUUGGCAAAUCUAGUAACCACCAAUAUAUGCCUGGAUUUGUCUAUAUUUUUCACUUCAUUACCAGGAAUUAAAAGUGUUUAAGUCCCUGAAACAAAAACCAAAGUGUAGGGCGAGUGUAUUUAUUGUUAUAGGCAAUAAAAAUUUGGACUGUGAAAGUGAAAAAGUAACACUAAUUCAGUCUGUGUGACCCUUGUGUGUGUGUGUUUCGUUGUCUUGGUGCAGGUGCUGGAGCCGGGCUCCCAGGGGGCGUCAGGGCUGAUAGAGGGAGACCUGAUCCUGGAGGUGAACCAGCAGCCAGUGGCUGCAGCCGGACAUGGGAGAGUAGUAGAGAUGCUAAAAGAGUGUCCUGUAGGAGCUGAGGCCACACUCCUCAUACAGAGAGCAGGAGCAGGUGAGAGUACAGUACAAUAAAAAACAGAACUGUGUUUUUGUCUUUGAGGGACAAAAUCUUUUUAGCAGACAACCUGAAGAGUCCAGUGCAGACACACACUUCCUCAUAUAAGUUUACUCAUGUGUCUGAAUCCAGCUGCAGCUUUCCAGGAGAGGAGUCAAGCAGAGUUGACAGUCAGAGCUAGAAGAGCAAAAAAAGAUCUUGAUUAUGAUCAUCUUCAGACAUUUUCUAUUUUUGAACACUUUCAGACCACAGUGGGCUUUAUUUGGAUUAGGUUCCAGUCUCUGGAGGAGACUUUAUUUUUGGAAUAUUUAACACCUUUCAUGCUAGAUGAAAAAUUAUGCCUGAAGCCAAAUUGGACAAAUUCUUAUAUUAGUCGUUGCAAAACAACUGUUUUCUCCCUAAAGGUGGAAUACUAAAGAUAUUUUCACAAACCAAUCAUUUUCUCCAAAUGGAUGGGUCAGUAGUUGUAAAGUAAAGUUGUAUGAGCUGCAUGUCACCAGUAUGUGUACUUAACACAAUAGAUGUUGGUCAGUUUGGCCCCUUUAAUGAGAAACUACCGGCAGAAACAGGACGUCAGGUUUGCAGAGUGUUUUAAGCAGAGGGGACUAAUUUUGAGAAACUCUGACUCCCAGCAGCGCUUGGUUCAAGUGUGCGCUCUACUCAGAUGUUUUUCAGCUUGUUUGUUCUUGAACUUUUUCGAGACACAACACGUACAGACACAGACAGCAUGCAGCGGGAUCAGCUUACCGGGUCUUUGAUGUAUGAGUCACAGAUACAUUGUGAAUUUUGAUAUUUUCACAUCUCAGUUUUGCAUGAUGAAAAGUGUUAAAUGUCUAAGACCACCCAGUGGACACAGUAAUGUGUGUUAAGUUUGUUAUUUCAGCUCGCUCUCCUUUUCAGCAGCUAACAUCUUGUUUUCUCAUCAAGUCUUAAUGGGUUUUUUCCGCUUGUAUAUUUUGACUUCCAAAGAUCCAAAGGUACCGAUGUUGCCAAGUUUAACAUGUGACAGCGAGUAGUUUUCUUUGUUCAUGGCCAUUAGCUCACAGUUUGGACACCUGUGCCACUAGGUUGGGAUCUCUCCAGCUCUCCAGUUUUUCCACUUACCCUUCGGCACAUAGGGAUGUCUUUUCCUCUGUAAACCCUACAUGUGUCCACACGUGUCCAGUGUCCACAGUAAACAACAGUUUAACACGCAGUUAGAGUCCGUCAUUAUUUAGUUUGGUUGUGUUUUUGUCUCUUUGAUGCCUGCAGAUCAAACACAAAUCAGUGUGCUGCACGCAGGAGAAAACGUGUUGCGUCUAAAAUGGUGCAUAAAUGAGCUGAAAACAGUAGCAUACCUAGUUUCCUGUUUCUGCCAGCAGCUGAUCAACAUCCAUUGUGUCUAGUACACUCACUGGUGACAUGCAGCUCCUACAACCUCACUUCAAAACGACUGAAAUAUCCCUUUAAUGUACCUCUUGGAGAGAUGGUACUAUUGCAGGAGGAAAAGCAUCACAGGAAACAUUUAACACGAGGAAAAGACUAAAAAAAGGACAUUUUUAUGUGCUUCAUUUGCGCUGAGUCAUGCAGAGAGAGUAUUCAGAAAUAUUUAAGAUCAAAAACAGAGUCAGCAGAUGUCAGAGUAAGUGCCGAGUGUGUCACACCAUGUGUUGUCAGUGUUUUGUAAAUGAAGCUUCAUCACCAACUUGUUAUUGAUGUUUCCACUGCAGCAGACUGAAGAACCACCAGGGGGAAUUAAACACAAUCAAAGGUUUUAAAGAUAAGGCGUCUGUCCUAUCCUCCCAUCGCUUCUUUUGACUCUUGAAUUUACACGGGUUGAGAGAAACGUUGCUCACAGUUUUAUUUGUGAUCGUUUGUAUUUGUAUGGUUGACCACCCACUGUUCCAUUUUAGCGUCUGUCUGAGGGACAGUGUUUACAUACCUGAAUUUACAUAAGAAUAAUGUUUCCUUCUCCACUCACUCGUAUACAAAACAAACAUUUAAUAUUGACUGAUCAAAUAACUGCUACAGUACUGAGAUGCUGAUUUCAGGGAUAUGUUCUUCUACAAAAUCUAGUGGUGCUUUACCUCCCUCCUGAAGUACAUCAACAUUGUAAAGUGACAGAUAUUCCGUUUUGUGAUUGCAGAAAAAAAGGAAUAAGAGAAUUUCUGAGUGGUAAAAAAAUGAUAUGUAGUAUGGCUGGCUUCCCCUUUUUUCAUCAGGUUGCACGGUGGAAGUUUUUAUUUUUAUGCUCUGGCACUGAUUUUCUGCAACUUGCUCUGGUCAAAGGGUCAAAAUUUGACUUUAUAAUUUUCUAAAGUUUACUAUUCCCACACUCAGUUAACAUCAGAAUUACUAAGAAUGUAGUGUAAGGGGGUGUCAAAUAAAUCCUGGCUGUUGUUUUCUUCUGAGAAAUCGCAGCAGCUUAGCAGUUCACAAAGCCGUUUACUGAGUUGAUUACAGUUGAUGAUUGAUAGUUUUUCCAGGAAUAAAAGCCAAACGUAAUGAGUUUAUCUUCACUAAGAUGUUAAUCGAACACUAAAGAGGAAUUAUAUCUAUGUACUGUUUUGCACGGCUCCUUUUUUACGGGUUGUAUUUUAAUUAAGAAAUGAACCAGCCCCUUAUGCAUCCCAAAUUUAAUUAGUUGAAGUGUGACAGGAGAAAUUAGAGCAGAAAAAUCUAUCAAAGAUAUAACAUGGCGUAAGACAUCAGACUAUUUAAAGUGUCUGCUGCUGUAGAGUUUGCAGAUUUAAACUUGUUGGGUCACUAGUUUAUUUAUAGAAUCACUGUUGCCUGGUCCAAGUAAAUUGAUUAUGUUUCGUAUUUUGUCCACUAGGUAAAAUUUAAUUGAUCAGUGCCAUUUAAUAGGGCUGUAUCUGUAUUUGCACAGGUGUCUCUAGGUGUUUUCAGCAGGAUUCUGGGUAGUUUGUAUGUCGCUGCACGUCAGCAUGCGUUGAUGUGUACGUGAGCAGCUGAGACAAAACGUGGUGCUGAGCAGCCAAGCAUCUUAUGACUGUGCAGAGCCAGCACCUGCCACCUGGUGGUUAACCUCUGCAAAGACACACACUGUGUUAAUGUGAAGUGCCCCAUUUACAAAUGACACUGAAACUCAAUAUGCAUAUGAGACAGCCCCAUACAGUGUAUGCAUCACCAUAAAUGAUCAUAUUUAGUGCUUGUUCAAACAGAUGUUACAAAGUGCUUCACAAACAGAAAAGCUCACAAUAAAGGAAUAAAACGGGGAGACAAAAACAGCAGGACAUAACAAUAAAAUACUGUAAGCAGAAGCUCUGAAAGUGGUUACAGUGGCAGGAGAGAAGAGAAAAUAAACGAAACAAUGAAUGAUAUAAACAUGUUGGAAAAGUUAUCGUUUAAAACACUGUUCUAAAUCUGCCAAACUCCUCCUCUUCCCCCAAAGAUGCAUCUUCUCCUUCAAUUGCAGCAGUUUCUAUUAAACAACUCAAGACAACGGCCCCACAGGGACGAUCAGCCUGACAUGCCCUCUGUGACUGUGUGUGUGUGUAUGUGCGUGUUUGUGUGCAGGGUGAAAGAGAGGACAAGGUCCUUUACUGUGACUCAGUUGUGCAAAAUGUCAGUAAAAUUAAAACAUGUUUGUGAUCAGGGAAGUAUGAUUUUGUUUUUAAAAAAAAAAAGUAAUUUAGUAAUUCAGAGAUUAUUUCAGAUGUGUAACUGGGAGUUGCAGUUCUUCCUGUUAGAUAGACAACGUGUUCGUCGCCUCUUCCAUGUGUGUUUGUCUCAGUCUGCAGUAGCGUGGGCACAUCGCCAGAAUUCCACUGAGUUCUGGUCGUGUUCACAGCUCCGUCCCCUGACAUCCCUGUUUGAAGUGGCGCCAACCAUAGACCAGAUACAUUUUGCUCCACCAAUCAGGAUGCAGAUUAUGGCUGUGGAGAAAAAGGGUGUCGGGCUACACAAGCCAAUCAGGCCGAUCUGAAGGCCAUCCAGAACUCAGCAGGCUAGUCUGAGAGGCCAGUCUGCCAGACUGGCUGUCCUCUGACUGGUGAGAGAGCCUCUCUACCAGUCUCUCAUUUGUAAUUCAUCAGCAUUCAUCCUCUCCUCAUCCAGCACAUAUGCUGAUGAAUUGUAUUUGCAUUUAAAUGAAGCUUAAACGCAUCUGUGAGGAUGAUGCCUCUCUUGAAUAUGACCGGACAAUUGCCUUAUGGUCAUGCUCGUUUCCUUCAGUGGUCGUAAAGAAAAGUUUCCUGGGAAUGAGUUAUUAAAAUUCCAUAAAGACUUCCCCAAAGGCCCGUAUUCCCUGCAGAACGUGGUUAUUAGUCCCAGCCUCCCACAGAGCCCUCCCUCUGCUGCUGCUGCUGCUGCUGUGCUGAAUCAUUUCAGCACCAAAGACAGCUCUCCUCAAACCUCCCUUCAUGUUUAUGGCAUCCAUCGAAGGAGGGGCUUUUAUUCCCUUUUUUCUUUUUUUCUUUUACUUCUGGAGGUCUCCUCCAAGCUCACAAACACAGCAGGGAUCUUUUCCAAAUGGGAAGAUUUCCAUACAGAACUGAUUUUGUAAUAAAGCAAACAAAUGGUCCCGCGGUUUCCACGUGGACUGUAAGUAGUUUAUUGUAUUUUUUUUUCCUGAGACACUCAUCCAAGUUCGCUGAUUUUUAAAGAAAGCUUCGCGUCUCUGCUUUGCCGCUGAGUGCUCCAGCCUGAAAAGAAACGGUUGUAGAGUAAUGCCAUAAAUAAAAUCCCCCCGUGCUCUUUGACAUUUCUCAGGAAAUCUCAUAAACUGAAUAAAUAUUUAAUGUCAAGAUUCUCAAAAGAAUAUUUUUCAAGUGCCCCCAUCUGUUCAUGGAUUCAUCACCCGUGCUGCAGGGGUCCACAGUGCUUUUGGAGUGUGUUUAUAUGUUUCCGUCCACAUGUGUAAAAAUAUCGACUGCAUGUUUAAGCGAGGCAGCCCCGGCACUUUAUCCCAGCAUGUUAAAUGUAUGUAUUUAGGUCUCAGCAGCAUAAAUGUCUUUGAUUCAGUGGAGUCACGGGGGAGCUCUGCUGAUGACACUGUUGUUGUGAUGGAGAGUACUCCCUGCUUCCUACAUGCAGAUAAACCAUGACUUACAGAGAAGUGUGUGUGCGUGUGUGUGUUAGGGGGGAGGAGGUCUUUGCUUUCGCCUGCAGCUAAUGAUGUAAUUAUGCUGAAAACAAACGCAAGAACUAAACUCAUUUAGGAAGAGUUACACAAACAAAGUCAAAACGGAGGGAUAUGAGAUCAGCAAACUGAGUUUUUUCACGUGAAGAGGACAUGAUUGAACACUCGUUUGCACAAAGGUUUGAGUGUAGCUGUAUUCUCCUGCGCUGUUGUUGUUUUAUUUUGUGACCGAUUAUAUCCUUUCUGGGUUUUUUGCUUUCCCCUUCAGGUCACAUCUCUCCAUGGAAGGCCUCCAAACAGGUACAGUAAUAAAAAUCUUACUAUGUCUCUGCUUGAGUGGUAACCUGGGGAGGAAAUAGGGAGGGGGGGACAGGGGUGUUUAGGGGGAAAUGUGUUUCUAGAGCAGAUUUGUUUGUUGAAGCAGGGAGGGAAGACAAAAGUGAGCAGGAUCAGUGUCUAUCACAGGAGCUUUGCUUUUGCUUCAUUGUGAAAUGAGCCAGCGUGGCCUGACCUGCUCAUUGGUUUGUUCACAUCAGAUGUCACACCUCACCAGCUGGGGAAGAGCUCUUUAGAUUCACACUUAUACUGCACCUGCUGCUGCUGCUGCUCGUACAAUCAGCAGUCACCCGUGAGAUUUAUUCAGACAGGAAGAAUCUUGUCCCCUUUUUGGUUUCAUUUGUGAAUAUUGAUUGUAAUUCAUUAUUAUCAUAUCUGCUUGCGGCCAAAUGGCCAUUUUCUUCAUCACGUUAUUGAGUUUAUACUAUAGAUUUGUUUUAAUACAAGGCUAUCAUUUAAAUUACCUUUUUCUGGACACUAUCCUCUGGGCUUUCUGCUCACGGUUAUCUCUGUAUUCUUGAUUCAACUUCUUGGCAUUCAUAUUUAAAUGAUUUAAUAACAGAGAUACUCCACGGAUAAGGCGUUAGGCUUUAAUCUGCAGAGUUUUCUUGAAGCUGAUCCUCUGUUUACCCACUAAUCCUAGUUUUUCCCCUAUUUUAGUUCACUAACAGUUGCUGCUUUAAACACUGUCGUCUUAACUUGAGGCUGCUUAUUUUUACACAUGUAUAUCAGAGAUACCAUAUCCUGAAAUUUGACAAAUAGGUCAGUGUUGUGUCUGCUGUUUUUUCUGUCGUGUUUCCCUUCUGCUUGCUUGGUGAAGUCACUCGAGACUUUUCCAGCUUUGUCUGUCAUUUUCAGACCAUCACUGUCUGUGAGCAGUUCAAACAUUCUUAUUAUAUGUCUUCAUUUUGAAUAUGGAGGUACCCAAACUAUGACACACUUGUAUUUCUUUUUAAACUCAUUGAUUAAAUUCUUAAACAUACAAGACACCAGUUAUGGAUCUGUGAUUUACACAAGCAGGAUGACUAAUCCAAAGCUUCAUAGAAAGGAAACAUGACAGUGAAAGAUUGUUGGAAAUGGGAAAGAUGUGUGGAAGUAAAUUUUUGGGAAAAACCAGGUGAGAGAGCAGGUCGCUGGGAUUGAUGCACCUGUAUUUGUUGAUCCGCCUAGUCAUCCCGAACACAGAGAAACUGGUGAAGAAAGUUUUUUUUAUUAUGUUGAUAUUUUGCCAACCUGCUGGAUUAACCUACAGCCAGCCUGCUUAUUAGAGACAUGCCUUUAGCCUUUCACUGUUAAACCUCAUCAGCCAGCAUCCACAGACAGAGGAUCAGCGGUGUCAGCAGUCAGUGCAGUGCUUACAGUAGUUUCAGGUUAGUGCUUGUGCUUUCAGCAGACAGUUGGUGAAGUGAUCAUUAAUUGAUUAAUGUUAGCUGAGGAUAGCUCGUCCACUACUGGUGUCCAUUAAGCUCACCUUAUGUAUUCAGUCAAUCAACAUGUGCUUCAGUGUGGCUCUAGAUUGAUGAAGAGAGUCGGAUAACAGGACAAAAUAGAUGAUGUUAUUCAGGGCCAAAAGGUCCUGCCAAGUUACUUUUAUGUUAAUUAUUAUUAUUGAUGAAUUUCAGUGCGACAGUGCUUCAACACUGCAUUUGAUCACCUAUCAUUGAUCACUUUUUUUAAUACGAGAGCAUCCUGCGACAGGUGAAUGUGUCUCUACUAGCUGUAAAUUUAUCAAAUAGACUAGUUAGAAAGGCAGCUGUCUCAUCUGUUAAUAUUGGCUCCAGUUUGCAGUGGAUUUCAGACCAGACCUCAUAGCUAAAGAGCAACACCGGACUAUAUGUUGACAUGUCCCGUUUGUCUGUUCCUAGUCAGUCUAAUGCAGGUUCCCUUUCUCUGCAACUGUGGGAGUGUAACACAUUACAUUUAAUUAUAUGUAGAUAUGUUAUUAAAGCCUCCACUUGUGCAAAAUACUGUAGAAAAAACAUACUGAUGAUAAAAAAGAGUUACUGUCACAAAUAUUCAGCGGGGCAGAAGGAGAAACAGAGUUAAGAUUUCAUAGUAGUUGUAGAAGUAACUCAGUGGCUGUCAUGUUUCUCAAUGAAAGAAAUGUUAAUGUGUGUAUUUUUGUUAUUGAGCUAUUUUAUUUUCAGUGAGUGCACCAAUUUUUUAUUUUUUUUUACUUUUUACAGAUAUUCAAAUAUCGCAUAUAUUUGUUGAAGGGAAAAGGAGUAAAUGUAAGCUCUAGUACUUUUUGUAGAAAAACAUACAAGACACACAGUUUGUUUUUUAAACCUUUAAAUAUGCAUGUGGAGGAUCUUCCAGAGUCAAGCAAAAGUCAAAAAAGAAGAGCAGUCAGGAGAAGUUUGCAGUUUCAGAGUGAAUGGGGGAAUGUAGCGUAGAAACAUAAAACCCUGCAGUGUUGGUUUCUUGCUUGUUCGCUUACUAUUUUGCAUCAUGAAGGUGCAGCACAAAAGUGCAGGAGAACUUGGCAAAGUUCAUCAUCGCCUCUGUCACAUCAUUUGCCACCGAUGUCAGAAACAGUUCGGCCAGUCUGACUGGUGCAUCAAAAUAAAACAAUGCUGAGGAUCCAGGAUCAAUCUGUCUUUUCUCAUAUGUGAAGGCAGCGCUGAGUGGGAGCUGCCCUCUUAGUUGCUUGGAGGCAUAUGUUCUAAUUACAUAAUUGACUGUAGAUGUUUGCAGAUGAUUUAUAGGUGAACAGGUGGUGCAGCUGUGCUGGACUACAGACAGGCCAGCUCUAGUGUCCUUAGAUGUCUGAAUGAAAAAAUUCAUUUUUUCUUUUCAUUUUAGAACAUUUUUUUGACAAAACCACCACAAUGGAAGCAGAUUAAUCCCAGAAACUGACGUAGGCUCAAACAUUUUUUCACUGACAGUCUAAACAAUGUCACAGCCUCAGUUGCAUUGAAUAUCCACCUGUUUGUGUUUCCUUUACACAUGUGCAACAUUGGACAGCAGAAUACCCCACAUAAAUUAGUAAAGUGAAUUUGAAGUCAGGAAAAAUAUCAAACACUUCCAUAUCCUAGUUGUUUCACCAUUUUAAGAGGUUAACAGCUAAGACAAAAUAUCUGGUGUCAAUGUUCUCCUUGCAGCUGCCUGACCAGUGGGACCCACAUGGCAGUCCCCAAACGAACCUGUCCGUCUCAGUUUUGCCGCCUGGUACACCCUUCCCAAACCAGCCCCAGCACCGCACAUCUGUGCCUGACUCCACUGAAGGCUUUGAUCUUAACAAACCAGACCCUUACGAUCUGUAUGAGAAGUCGAGGGCCAUCUACGAGAGCCGACGUGAGUACAACGGGUCAGAUCGGUGGAGUUAGAGGAUCGGGUUGAGAUGAAAUGCACACAACAUGGUCAUUAGAAACCAAAAAAGGGUCAAAGACUUGAUUUUUCUGUGUCUUCAACUCAGGUCCAGAGUAUGAGGAGGUGGAGGUACAUCUGCUGAGGGAGAAGACCGGGUUUGGCUUCCGCAUCCUGGGGGGAGACGAGGCCGUGCAGGCUGUGAGUCCGGACGCCCGUGACAAGGCUCGUAUGGGACGGGCUGGUCCACACAUAUUUAACCUCAUACAGAGCAAGCUCGUCUGACCCGCACUUAACCUCAUCUCACAAUCCAUCCAGUCACACACAUCCAGCCAAUACAACACUAACACACACGUGCACUCACUGAUGAACCCACCUGCUCUAACUCCUCAGUACCUCCCAUACUGAAGUAACGCCUUGCUAACUUGUCUGUUUGUAAACAGCAUGUAAACCCAAAAACAGCUGAGACACUUUGAUCCUCUUCAUCUUCAUCUAUGCUGCUAAUAUUGGUUGUUUUUGAACAGAUUGUUAUAGGUGCCAUAAUUGAGAACACUCCCGCUGAGCGCGAUGGGCGGCUUCGACCCGGAGACGAGCUCAUUUCAGUGGAUAAAAAUGUGGUUGCUGGGAAACCGCACAAAUACGUAAUAGACUUGAUGCACGCAGCUGCUCGAAACGGUCAAGUCAGCUUGACUGUGAGAAGGAGAGUGCAGAUGCCUGGUGAGGACGGGGUUUAUUUUGAUUUUCUAAUUUGUUUGAUUGUUGUUGUUUUUUUUACAUUUAACUGAGGAGAGGAUGGCGUGCUGCACAUUUCACUGGCAUCAAAUUAGAAAAGGAAUGUUUUGGAAAAGACAUACACCCCUACAGUCUGUGUGCAGGAUCAACCUGUUCCUCUUCGUCAUGCCCCGUUUCUAUGAGCAUUGAUGAUACAUGGAACAAUCUUCAGACAGAAAUAUUUGAGCCAGACUCACAGGUAGGCCAGUGGGUGUGCUGGAGAAAAGAAAAACUUUUUUGAUAACAGCUGCAGAGCCGUAGCCGUUCAUUUGAAGCUGAACACACAGUAUUUGUAAUUGUAAAACUACGUACAUGAAGGUGGUAUUCAGAAACCAUCCAGCGUGUUUUUUAAUCCUGCAAAAGUUUCCUUUUGAAGCCGCUCAACUCACCACUACAAAUAUAAAGAGGGGGAAAUUUCUGUUUUUUGUGUAUUUAUGCUUUGUUCAUUAAAAACACCGCAGACGGCUCUGAGGUUUGUGAUGAAAUGCAGUGCAAUUUGAGGGGCAGAUGCAUCCCCGAGAGAACAAACAGAAGCAGGAUUUCUCUUUAACAGAGUAUUCUCGUAGGAGCUGCAGAAGCACUGUUUUAAAAUCUAUAUUUUAGUAUGAAACAAGCUUUAACAUAGAAAAAAGUUCCUGAGAGUUAAUUGGUCCCAUUUUCUAGAACAGAGCGGCUCAUAAGCUCUUCUCUCUUUUCCUUCAGGUGAACUGUGUCCUGUGAACGGUCGGAGCCCCGGCUCAGUGUCGACACAGCAUAGCUCUCCACGUAGCGACGCAGCCUCAGCUGCAGGCCCUGCUGCUCUCGCCAUCCCCUCUGCCACCUCUCCUCCAGAGGGAUCAGCCCUGCAAACCAGUGAUGUGGUAAUUCACCGCAAGGAGAACGAAGGCUUCGGCUUUGUCAUCAUCAGCUCCCUGAACAGACCGGAAAACGCCACCAUCAUCAGUGAGUUGCUCUGUCUCCUGCCCUGAAGGCCGUCUGAGAUUUUUAAAUCGGAUGAGCAGCGAUCCUGAAGGUGGUGACUGUCCUGUAGUGUUUAAGAGCUUUUGCUUCUAUUUUAAUGAUUGAAAGUAUUUUUGUAGGUAUGAUGGUAUACAGUAUGGUGUAUAAAAGCCCUGCCCCCCUAGGCAGACACUGGGCUCAUAGUACCCAAACAAUUAUCAUGGACCAUUUUGACUGAUCCCAUCCAAUCGUUUCAGAACUUUCAUCAGCUGAGGUCUAACCUGAUUUUUAGGUUUUACUUUUUAUUUUGGACUCAGUUUUAUACCACGGCUGUUAAAAAGAGUCUUUUGAAACUGAAACUGGAUUCUUCUGUGGUGUGAUUACAAGCUGAAGUUAUUUAUUUUGUUUGUUUUCUUCCACAAAGGCUGGUAGAUUCAAAACACCUUUCUUAGGUGUUUUUCAAAAUGGACAAUCCUUCUUUAUUAUCCCGAACAAAAAAGCUCUUUUUUGUUUGGAUGAUGUUGUCAAAAAGAACUGAUAAAGCUUUUGAAAAUUAUGUGUGUUUGUUUGUUUGUUUGAAGCUGAAAUGGUGGGAAUACAUUUCUUUGCCGCAAUUUUCACAAAAGCUUCACUUUAACUUUCCAGGAGAGGCUGGUGUUGGAAGAGGUUUUUAUUUUAAAUGUGAUCCUCUCUUGCUUUAUUGGUUUUGUUUUGACAUCUUUUUUGAAAUUGCCUUUGACAACAACCUUGUUAUUGCUUGUUUCCAGCUGUGCCUCAUAAAAUAGGACGAAUCAUUGAGGGCAGCCCCGCAGACCGCUGUGGGAAGCUGAAGGUGGGCGACAGGAUCCUGGCUGUGAACGGACAGUCCAUCAUCAGCAUGCCUCAUGCAGACAUAGUCAAACUCAUUAAAGAUGCUGGGCUCACAGUCACACUUCACAUCAUUCCAGAGGAAGGUAAAUGCUGUCUGUUAUUUUUGUGAAUUUGGGGAGGCGUGAUCAUUUGUCUGAGGUUACAAUGUUUUCACAUAUCGCUGACACUUAAAGGGAUAUUUCAGGGUAAAAUUAAGUUAGGGUCAAACACACCGUAACACCGGGUUAGACACCCCGUCGAGAGAUGAAUGUUGCUGACUGCUUGCUUCUCUAGUUAUACCAACUUUAGUAACGACCACUCAACCAAAAGCCACUCUAUAGCCACAAAUAAUACUCAGAACAGCACCUAACUUCAUCAACAGUACAUAUAGGGUCCCAGCCAUAGUACUAACCACCAAACAUCUUUUAAGUUUUCCCUAAUUUCUUUAGCAAAGAGACUAAACACAACUCACCUACUCUCUUCCAACAGCCGCUUGUUUGUAUGGAGACCUCCGGGCGAGUCCAUCGACUGCAGCGGGGGGUACGCAGCUCAAGGAAGAACAUUUAUGAUCAUUUCUUCAUCAUUUCCUUGAAGUCAUAAUCAUCACAUAAAUCAUUUUACUCUGCAGAUGCGGUAGUUCUUCUGCCUUAGCAUCUCUGUCUGAUUGUAUUUCCAUGAGGAAAUGAUCAUAAAUGUUCUUCCUUGAGCUGCGUCACCCCACUGCAGUCGAUGGACUGGCCUGGAGGUCUCUGUACAAACAAGCGGCUGCUGGAAGAGAGUAGGUGAGUUGUGUUUAGUCUCUUUGCUAAAGAAAUUAGGUAAAGUUAAAAAGAUGUUUGGUGGCUAGUAUUAUGACUUGGACCCUAUAUGUACUGUUGAUGAAGUUAGGUGCUGUUCUGAGCAUUAUUUGUGGCUAUAGAGUGGCGUUUUGGUUGUGCGCAUGGCUCUCUGUAUUGGCCAUCGUGCGGUCGUUACUAAAGUUGGUAUAACUAGAGAAGCAAGCGGUCGGCAACAUUCAUCUCUCGACAGGGUGUCUAAUUCGGUGUUAUAGUGGAUUUGACCCAAACUUAAUUUUACGCUGGAAUAUCCCUUUAAACCAAGUUGUUGCAGAGUGUUUUGAAUAAAUCAGAAAAGUCACUCUAAACCUGUUUCUGCUUUGUGCUUCACUCUCUGUCCUUCACAGGUUCUCAAUCUGGCCCCAGCUCAGAAAAGCAGAGCCCCAUGACCCAGAAACACAGCCCCCAGACCCAGCCAAGCCCUGUAGCCCAACCUGGCCAAGGAGGCACACAGCUCGGCCAAAUGAUUGCUCAGGCAGGUCAAGCACCCAUUCAGCCGGGCCAGAUACCAGUCCAGACAAGCCAAACAGUAUCUGGCCUUCCUGCACCAGCAGCGUCCCAGUCUGCACCAGCUGGAACCCAGCAGAGUCCCAUCACCCAGCACUCUGGCCUCCCUCCUCAGCUCUACCUCCACGACGGCAGGUAAGAUAGCACUACGAGGGGGUUGUUGUUUGGACUCAGCGGAGGCUUUUUGUAUGAACCCUGUAGUGUAGUGGAGUUGAACUCUGUGGCUAAACGGGGGAUGACUGGAAGAAGACAGAGCAAAAGUUUUCGAAGGAGUCAGAACUGAGUGUGCAGAUGAAAGUGAGCCCUCCUCUCCUUGCAUGCCAGUCCAUUCAGGGCAGAACCUUUCAUCCCAGUCAGACUCGCAAUCCCAGACUGGUUUCUACUUUGUUGCAUAACACCACUUAGCUCCCUCAGUGUCAUUGAAUAAUUUACCCUGAGGUGUCUCUUUUAUAAUGCAGGAACCUUGUGAUCCGUCCUGUUCUACGUCAAACACACUUGAGAGCACCAGCGUGUGCGUUGAUGUGUUGAUGUGUGUAUAUAUGUGUGUGUAUGCGUGUGCCCAUGCAACUCUCAGAUGAAGACACUGACAGUGUCAGUUGGUAGAGCUGUGGAUUUAUCCCCAUUUUACAGCUGGGAUCAUAAUAAAAGUCUCAACAAUGAAAAUAUCUCCUUUUAUGGGCCUUUGAAACCACACACACACACACACACACACACACACACACACACACACACACACACACACACUCUCCCAGCAGCUCAAACAGGACCUCAGAGACUCCGCCCUGACAUGCGGACAUGUGAUGCUCUUUGCAGAAGAACACAUCCGUCUUCAGUGCUUUCUAAACUCAACUCCGUCUUUGUCAUGCUGUAAACCUUUCCAACUAUUCCUCACAGGUCAGAGGUCAAAGCCAGACAGGACGUCAAACCUGACUUCCGCCAUCCUCCGUUCACUGAUUACAGGCAACCUCCAGUAGACUAUCGGCACCCACCGGUCACUGAUUACAGACAGCCCCCGACGCUGGACUACAGACACCCACCUGGCCUGCUGGACUUCAGGCAGCACCCUGCAGCUGCACAGUUCCCUCUUGGGAUCCCUGCAGACUUCAGACCACAGGCACGUUUUAAACAAGGCUUCACAUUGUGUUAAGAUAAGAUAAAAUAAGAUAAGCCUUUAUUAAUCCCACGAGGGGAAGUUACCAUUUACAGUUCAUCCGUUCCAAGAAACAUACAGUUUCAUGCCAUUACAGCCAUUUUCCUGCUGACACAGAUUUGUGAGAGUCCUGUUUUUGUUUUUUUGUUUUUUCAGGACUACGAUUACUUCACAGUGGAGCUGGAGAAAAGCGCGAAGGGUUUUGGCUUCAGUAUCCGCGGUGGUAGAGAGUACAAAAUGGACCUGUUUGUGCUGAGGCUUGCUGAGGACGGUCCUGCCAUCCGUAACGGAAGAAUGAGGGUAAGAUGACCCAUGAUGAAGACAAAGUUUAAGGGUCUUUAUGAGAGACAAAGAGCCUUUUUUUGUUUUAGGAAAACUGAGAGCUGUUGAAAUUCUGAAAUGAAGCACAACAUGCUUGUGAGUGAUCCUGAAUAAAUGAUGUUUGCUGCUCUGCCUUUGUUUUGUUCACCUCCUCUUUCUCAUGGGGCAGAGAUAGUUGUUCAGUUAAGGAAGCGGCUCAGUGAGCAGGUAUAGGUGCUUGUUGAAACAGUGGCUCAGUAACACCCCCACUCAGUUAAGGUGCACUUGAACACGGCUCCUAAUGGCACUUAUUCCCUCGUUGUCCGGGCACGUCUUCUCACUGUGGGAAGUUCGUCGUUGUGUAGAAACGUCAACUCUGCGUGGAUAAACAGAUGCUGACAGAAAUUGACUCUGUACUUUGUGUGCGUGUGUGUGUGUGUCUCCACCAGGUAGGGGAUCAGAUCAUAGAGAUUAAUGGAGACAGCACCCGGGACAUGACUCAUGCCCGGGCUAUUGAACUCAUCAAGGCGGGAGGCCGGCGAGUCAGGCUGCUGCUGAAGCGAGGCACAGGACAGGUGCCUGAAUAUGGUGAGUUUUCCACGCUCUAAAUAUCAUCUCUAACUGUCUCACUCUGUUUCCUUGUAAUUUCUUACCUGACUGCUUUUUAUUUUCAUACUAGAGAUUCACUGUUUUAUGAUCAGUGUUACUAUUUUUAACCUGAAUAACUCGCUUUUCCCCUGCUAUUCAGUAUCUCACUUAACACGCAUUAAUACCUUUCUGCUUUUCUAGUCCUAGAUCCUCAGUCUUGUAUUUACCAUCUAAAACUGAACUUGUAUUUACUUGAAGAACAGCUUUGGUCUAACAGUAGAGUAACAGCUCUUGUCUGAGUUUUUCUGUGUAUUUUAACCGCUCUGCUUUAAUCCUAAUGAUUGGUAUAGGCUUUUUACUUGCCUUCCCUCAGGAAUGGUUCCUUCCAACCUCUCCAUGUGCAUGAAAGGUGACACACUAAGCUCCCCCUAUUUCUUCCUAAUGGGCCACUCUAAAGACACGGUUUGUGAAAGAGCUGCAUGUCUCUCUCUUCAUGCUGAUGAAUGUCUGUACAGUGGAGCUGUGCUUUUGGCAAGCAUGAGUGUGUAUGCACGAUCACGACUUUACGCAUGGGAAAAAAACAGCAGCAGCAGCGUGUGUCGAUGUGUGUGUGUGUGUGUGUUUGCUUGUGUGCGCUGUUGUAAGAGCAAUAUGGUUAGAAGUGACCCUCCAAAUGAAACAAUCAUCCUGAGGAGAGCUGUGAAGUAGACUGUGUGAAAUCAAUCUGCUCAGGAUCAGAUUGUCACACAAUCACCAAUAUGUUCAUCUUUUUCAAGCACUAAAUGUGUCUGUACGAGUCACUUGUGAGCACAUUGGCCCACAUGGCUGCAUGCAGGUUUGCCUGAUGAAAUACAAGGUUUGGACUCAAACCAUCUUUUGUAGACCAUUAUCACUGUAAACUUCUCUUUCUCCGAGUACGCAUGGGCAUGCUCAUCUGUGUCCCCCCUGCCUUCUCCUCACCCUCUGAGUGUUAUUUUGGCUUCCUUUACAGACUGUACCGGCCCCUGGGAUUCCCUUUCUACAGCCCACCCUGCCCUGCAGGAAGUGA